AUGCACCUGGGUUCACCAAACAUCCUGACAAUAUCGUGAAAAUAGAGGGAGAGACCGCUAUCUUUAACUGCACUGUAGAUGGAAACCCUGAACCCAGCAUUGACUGGACAAAAGAUAACGUGACUCUUAACAUCACAGCGGAUCCAGAUCUAAGCCAAUCAAACUCAGGAAAAGUUCACUCUUUAGAAAUACGGAAUGUUUAUCGGUCAGAUAAAGGGCAAUACAGAUGUGUGGCAAACAAUAACAGUAUCGGUUCUGCAACUUCGUUGGCCGGAACACUCUCAGUGCAUUGUAAGUACCACUUUGUAUUUGAAGCUGUUCACAUAAUAGGUGACUUGCAUUGCAUUGCUGCUUCGACAAUUAUGUCAAUCAAACCAGGCCGGAUCGGAAAAAGGCUGAUUCUCUAUUAGUUUAUUCGAAUUUUGCUCAUGAGGGUUCGGUUUCACAGCUACUGAGGUUAUACAUUAUAUAUAAAUGCUACUGUGCAAGGCUCUAACCAGCUAUCAGGGACAAGCAUGUGAGCUCCUUCUCCUUUCGCGUGUUUCCUCUCCCUUCCGUAGUAUUAAUAAAACGUUUACUUCUCUACUGUUCUGUAUAUAUCUUUGUUUAUCACAGAUAAACCUGAGUUUUCUGUGCAUCCACAAAAUGCGACACAGAUAGAAGGGUCUAACGUUUCUUUCACUUGUAAUGCAACUGGAAAUCCUGCACCUUCAUUCCGAUGGACCAAAAACGGUUCUGUUUUAACGACCGGUUCAAGAAUCGGUUUGUCAUCAGACGGCAAACAGCUCACUUUAACGAAUGUGACUAGAGAAGACAGUGGGCAAUAUGUCUGUGAGGCAACUAACAAUGUGAGGACAGUUCCAUCCGAUUCUGCUACACUAAAUGUACAAUGUAAGAUUACUUAUAAUUAUUACCUACUUAUUGAUAAAAAUACUCUCUAACCUGUUGUGUCCUUUUUAAUAUACAAUUUUAAUAAAAUGUAUGAUUUUUGUUUUUUGCAUUUCAUUGUUGUUUAAAAUUCUGGUACCUUAGUGUGGUUACCUAUGUUUUUACAUAUAUAGUCUAGAAAAGAAGCAAACAAAGCAACACAAGGUCUUAUUCAAAGAUGAAUAAUUCCCUAAACCAGAAAGUUUCCUUGUCUAUCAAACCUUAAAAUUGGCCUUUUUUAGCCCAUUUAGCUCCUUUCGUAGAACGCAAUGCAAUAUUUCCCAAAUCUUUCAUUUGCUUUAGUUGAUGAAAUCCUCACCUUUCAUUUACCAAAAGCCUGAAAAAGGGGCCCCUUUCUUUCCCCCCCGCGCUCCGGUUACACAGGUUGUUCAGCGACAAAUAAUUAAUUUUCAUGCUCUGCUAUAAAGUGUUUUAAAACUUACUACCUCUUCAGAGUAUGAAUGCUUUUACUCAAUACAGUGGUAUCGUAAGAGCUCAAGUAAUCUGCGUAAUGAGGCGAACAAAAGUCAUUAUAAGACUAUUUAAGAUUCUUUUAGCGUUUCCCUUAUUUUCUACCUUAAUCGCAUUGCCUUCUUAUUACAGUUCAACCUGAGUUUCUUACGCAUCCACGAAAUAAGACAAAGAAGGAAGGGGAGAAUGUGACUUUUACCUGUGAUGCAGAUGGAAAUCCUACACCCACAUUCUCAUGGACGAAAGACGGUUCUGCUGUGAAUACGACUUCAAGAAUCACUUUUAACGCAGAUAAAAAGCAGUUAUCUAUAACGAAUGUGGACAGAGGAGACAGCGGAAAAUACAUCUGUGUGGCUAUGAAUGAUGUUAACGAAGUUCAAUCCAACUCUUCCACAUUAAAUGUACAAUGUAAGGAUACUUUUGCUUGAUUUUUCAACAUGAUUGUUUUAAGAGAUAUUCUUUACCUCUGCUUUUGUUUUUCAUUUUUUUCUCAGGUGUUUUUUUUUCUUUCGCUUUUUUUAGAAUAACUGUAACUAAUGCAAUCAUUUAAUACAUUUUAAGAUUUACUGUAUCUCUGUCAUUGAUUUUUGCAGCUAUAAUUCUUUAAAAAUUUUGUUAAUAUAAUUUAAUAAUUUUACUGAGGGAGCCCAUUCCUUAUCAGCCAAGUGGCUUCCCUUGGGCUUCCUCGCCAUUAGGUUUUUAAACAGUUAGAUUUUCUCGUUUCUUGGUACAUGUUUUACGGCAAAACGAUAAACUGAACUUAACUGAACUGAUUACUAGGAUCAGAACGCAGACUGGAGAAGAAAAGAGCAAACAGCCAGCAGCAAGGAGAGAGGCGUUUCAUUCAAAACCGUUGUAGUUUUUAAACCAAGCAGGAGCAAACCCGCAGCGCAGCAUUACAACAUUGUUGCGACAUUGUUUCGAAUAGUUGCAACAGUGUGCCAACAUUGCUAUGCUGUGAUGCGCUCAAACUCGUCGUUGGGAUUUUACUAACAGGAUUUUAUUUACAUAUUAGAAAAGAAUAAAAUGCGUCCGGUAAAAGCAUGGAACAGUUUUAUAAUUUAUCCGGUAUAAAAGUGUCUACAAAGUUUGCGCCAUUAGAGACCUUUAGCAUCAGGUUUUUCAUGGGAAACCGCAAACCGCAGUUUGCACUUACGCAGUUUCGCGUUGCUGCGAGAUUUCAAAUUUUAGCAAGGCGUUCAGUUCAGUUCAGUUCAGUUCAUUUUUAUUUAGCCAAAAUAUAAUACAAUACAAGAAUAUAUAAAGGAAUUGUAAGGUUGCAAGGGAGCCCAGAAGAAACCAGAAGGCUUAUGAAGCCUGGGCUCCCCAAUCACAAAGAAAUAUUAAGUAAAAAAAAAAUGAAAUUCGCCGAGUGAUACGUUAAAAAUGGGAACUAAACAAAGACUGUGUUAAGUUAUGAAUUCAGUAACAAAAUAGAAAAAGAAUUUUAACUCUGGAUUGGAACAGAAAACUUUCUUAUGUUAUUAAGGCAGAAAGGAUUAUAAAAUCGAUUUGAACUACGCGUUUAUUGCUUAGUGCCGCCAUGUUGUUUUUGAUCAAGUCGAAGUUUAUUACUGUAAUCGCCAUAAAAAAGGAGUAGUGCAUUGAUUCGAGAUCAAAAAUCCAACAAACACAUUGCAAACGGAUAUAAAAAGCUAGUUCGUGCUUUAAACGCGAGCCUGUACAAUUUUUAGUGGCAAAAAUCCUUGCCGUAAAUCACUUACAGCUGCUUACUGCUGGAAGCCCUUCCUGUGGUUCAAAAGUGAACUGCAAACUGCAAACAUGACCGCAAGGCCGUGGUCUCGUGACAUUUUGUGGUUUGCGGUUUUCCAUGAAAAACCUGAUGCUAAAGGUCUCUAUUAACUAAACGCACAUCCACAGGCUUUCUUUUUAUCAAAAAGUAGUUCUGAACAUUUCAAUUAGAUAGAAAUCUCGUCCUGAGUAGUAGUCUUGUACUUUUCCCCUUUCAGAUGCACCUGGGUUCACCAAACAUCCUGACAAUAUCGUGAAAAUAGAGGGAGAGACCGCUAUCUUUAACUGCACUGUAGAUGGAAACCCUGAACCCAGCAUUGACUGGACAAAAGAUAACGUGACUCUUAACAUCGCAGCGGAUCCGGAUCUAAGCCAAUCGAACUCAGGAAAAGUUCACUUUUUAGAAAUACAGAAUGUUCAUCGGUCGGAUAAAGGGCAAUACAGAUGUGUGGCAAACAAUAACAGUAUCGGUUCUGCAACUUCGUUGGCCGGAACACUCUCAGUGCAUUGUAAGUACCACUUUGUAUUUGAAGCUGUUCACAUAAUAGGUGACUUGCUGCAUCGACAAUUAUGUCAAUCAAACCAGGCCGGAUCGGAAAAAGGCUGAUUCUCUAUUAGUUUAUUCGAAUUUUGCUCAUGAGGGUUCGGUUUCACAGCUACUGAGGUUAUACAUUGUAUAUAAAUGCUACCGUGCAAAGUACUUACCAGCUAUCAGGGACAAGCAUGUGAGCUCCUUCUCCUUUCGCGUGUUUCCUCUCCCUUCCGUAGUAUUAAUAAAACGUUUGCUUCACUACUGUUCUGUAUAUAUCUUUGUUUAUCACAGAUAAACCUGAGUUUUCUGUGCAUCCACAAAAUGCGACACAGAUAGAAGGGUCUAACGUUUCUUUCACUUGUAAUGCAACUGGAAAUCCUGCACCUACAUUCCGAUGGACCAAAAACGGUUCUGUUUUAACGACCGGUUCAAGAAUCAGUUUGUCAUCAGACGACAAACAGCUCACUUUAACGAAUGUGACUAGAGAAGACAGUGGGCAAUAUGUCUGUGAGGCAACUAACAAUGUGAGGACAGUUCCGUCCGAUUCUGCUACACUAAAUGUAAAAUGUAAGAUUACUUUUUAUAAUUAUUACCUAAUUACUGCUAAAAAUACUCUCUAACCUGUUGUGUCCUUUUUAAUAUGCAAUUUUAAUAAAAUGCAUGAUUUUUGUUUUUUUGCAUUUCAUUGUUGUUUAAAAUUCUGGUACCUUAGUGUGGUUACCUAUGUUUUUACAUAUAUAGUCUAGAAAGGAAGCAAACAACACAACACGAGGUCUUAUUAAAAGAUGAAUAAUUCCCUAAACCAGAAAGUUUCCUUCUCUAUCAAACCUUAAAAUUGGCCCGUUAGCCCUAUUACCUCCAUUCGUUGAAUGCAAUGACAGAUUUCUCAAAUCUUUUAUUUGCUUUAAAUGAUCAACUGUCCUCACCUUUUAAUAAGUAGUCUUGUACCUUUCCCCUUUCAGAUGCACCUGGGUUCACCAAACAUCCUGACAAUAUCGUGAAAAUAGAGGGAGAGACCGCUAUCUUUAACUGCACUGUAGAUGGAAACCCUGAACCCAGCAUUGACUGGACAAAAGAUAACGUGACUCUAAACAUCACAGCGGAUCCAGAUCUAAGCCAAUCAAACUCAGAAAAAGUUCACUCUUUAGAAAUACGGAAUGUUAGUCGGUCAGAUAAAGGGCAAUACAGAUGUGUGGCAAACAAUAACAGUAUCGGUUCUGCAACUUCGUUGGCCGGAACACUCUCGGUGCAUUGUAAGUACCACCUUGUAUUUGAAGCUGUUCACAUAAUAGGUGACUUCCUCCAAGAAACGCCUAGACACCAGGCACUCAUUCAAAGGAGGCGCUUUAUCGAGUUGGCCGCUACAAGGUAGCUUCCAAGAAAGAAGAAAAAGUUUAUGUCUAUCAUCUGAACAAUGCACAGCUUUUAGUACUUCACAAAAACAUAGGGACAGUGACAGCCAUAGGCUAAACUGUUUCCCUUCAUUGAUUCCAUUGUAGUCACAAACAAUUAUAAAGUGAGAACAAAACAUCAUUUUCUUAGUGAUAAUCUUACUAUUUUUGGAAGUGAGGGGGAUGGUGGGGGGGGGGGCGGGGGGAGGGUUACUCGGGUUGGGUUGCCUGUUUCAGCUGGUUUGAUCGAGGGUGGCCCCUUAUUCAGGGGAGGACGCUUAUUGGAUCGUGGACUCUUGUUUGAGUGAAUAUGCUAGCUAAAGAAAAUAGUGUUUGUGUGCAUUAGAAGGUCAUUUGGAUGGCUUGUUUGUAAAACUGUUGCAACAAUGUCGAAUAUGCAUAGCCCUGGGAAAGAUUUAGAGUGGUUAGCUCUAUAAUGCAAUUUUCCCUCUUUUCCCCAGUUCAUUUCUUUCUUUGUGAUCAGUAUAUGAUCACGCAUUGCUACCACGAUAGAAGAACUGAGAUUUGAUGAUGAUAACUAUCGUAGGCUUAGAUUGAUUGACGUAAUAGUUGCACUUGAGACACAGGCGCAUAUCGUGGCCGAAGCAGAAAAAUCGAGGAAUAUUUUUCGUCACGUUCCGGGAAGAUAUUCACGUACGUUUGAGCUACCGGCUACGGUGUUCUAGUAUCCACAUUCUUGGCGGUGAUUGAGUAUAAUUUCGUAACGCUUCCCUUGCCGCCUACAAGAAAAUUGUUCCAUUUUUUCCUUUAACUAUACGUCUAUUAAAACUUCUUGCUAGCUACAAGCCCAACACUUCUGUGUUUUUAUGAAGGAAACAAAGUAUUAGCACUGCGGGUCUCACAAUGAGUGUUAAAAGACUUCUGUUGUUAUUAAUUGCUGUUCCCUUUUCUCAAGAAGGUUAGUGGAGCUCAGCUAACUCUGAGUAUAUUAUGCUGAAGUGAUGAAUUGUUCUGAUAAGUGUGUUGCGUUUUUUUCAAGACUUGUUGAAUUCCAGUUUAAAAAUUCAAGUUUCAGUUAAAAGAACUUUUGAUAUAAGAGUGCUCUGGUAGAACUUCGGAACUUUUCAUGUACCACUAGCAAUUCUGUAGUCACCCACUUUCCAUGCAAUGAUUUUAUUUUUUUCCAUUUGUGUGAUCUUACAGUCAUUUAAUUGUUCACAACUGCAGUUGGUAUGAAAGGCAAAUCUGCUUGUUAUGCGGACCGCUUCUGGCGGCCUUGUUCAAAUUCCACUGAUAUAUCAAACUAGAUAUUGUGCUAGGAAGCCGCAUCACGCUUCAUAUAUUUAACAAAUAGAUUCCAAGUUGCCGUGCGUAUGUUCAGUAGUAGAUCCGGCAUCCCAGAUGACGUCAAAAUGUGGUACACGAGCCGCAGGCCAGUGUGUCACUGAUGUUUUUUUUUGAUAUUUUUCUCCUGACGUCAUCCAUGUAUCUGUACUCUAAUAGAUCAUGGGCAACGACCAAUCACAGCGCGCGUAGCAUUCCCAUGUAAUAGCUCAUUUUUUGUAUUCAAGAAAUUCAUGAUGCAGCUUAAAUUUCUUUAGCUGACAAGCGCGAGCAAUCAUUAAGGCGCUACCACUCACUGAAAAAGAAAAAGGAAAGAUUUUUGUUAGUUUAUUCGAAUUUCGCUCAUGAGGGAUCGAUUUCAUCGCUACUGAGGUUAUACACUAUAUAUAACUGCUACUUUGUACAAUACACUAACCAGCUAUAAGGGACGAGUAUAGGAGCUCCCUCUCCUAUCAAUAAAACGCUUACUUGACCUCUGUUCUUUAUAUUUCUUUAUCACGGGUCAACCUCAGUUUUCUUUGCAUCCACAAAAUGAGACAAAGAUAGAGGGGAUAACGUUACUUUCACUUGUGAUGCAACAGGAAAUUCUGCACCCACGUUCAAUUGGACCAAAGACGGUUCUGUUUUAACGACGGGUUCAAGAAUCAGUUUGUCAUCGGACGGCAAACAACUCAAUAUAACGAAUCUGACUAGAGAAGACAGUGGGCGAUAUGUCUGUGAGGCAACUGACAAUGUGACGACAGUUCUGUCCAAUUCUGCUACACUAAAUGUACAAUGUAAGAUUACUUAUUAUAAUUAUUACCUAGUUAUUACUAACUGAAUACUGUUAAACCUAUUGCGUCCUUUUUAAUAUGCAAUUUUAAUAAAAUAUAUGAUUUAUAUUUUUUACAUUUCAAUGUUGUUUAAAAUUCUGGUACCUUAGUGUGGUUACCUAUGUUUUUACAUAUAUAUUCUAGAAAGGAAGCAAACAACACAACACGAGGUCUUAUUAAAAGAUGAAUAAUUCCCUAAACCAGAAAGUUUCCUUCUCUAUCAAACCUUAAAAUUGGCCCGUUAGCCCUAUUACCUCCAUUCGUUGAAUGCAAUGACAGAUUUCUCAAAUCUUUUAUUUGCUUUAAAUGAUCAACUGUCCUCACCUUUUAAUAAGUAGUCUUGUACUUUUCCCCUUUCAGAUGCACCUGGGUUCACCAAACAUCCUGACAAUAUCGUGAAAAUAGAGGGAGAGACCGCUAUCUUUAACUGCACUGUAGAUGGAAACCCUGAACCCAGCAUUGACUGGACAAAAGAUAACGUGACUCUUAACAUCACAGCGGAUCCAGAUCUAAGGCAAUCAAACUCAGGAGAAGUUCACUCUUUAGAAAUACGGAAUGUUUAUCGGUCAGAUAAAGGGCAAUACAGAUGUGUGGCAAACAAUAACAGUAUCGGUUCUGCAACUUCGUUGGCCGGAACACUCUCAGUGCAUUGUAAGUACCACUUUGUAUUUGAAGCUGUUCACAUAAUAGGUGACUUGCAUUGCAUUGCUGCGUCCACCUUUAUGUCAAUCAAACCAGGCCGGAUCGGAAAAAGGCUGAUUCUCUAUUAGUUUAUUCGAAUUUUGCUCAUGAGGGUUCGGUUUCACAGCUACUGAGGUUAUACAUUAUAUAUAAAUGCUACUGUGCGCAGUACUAAUCAGCUAUCCGGGACAAGCAUAGGAGCUCCUUCUCCUUUCGCGUGUUUCUUUUCCCUUCCGUAUUAUUAAUAAAACGUUUGCUUUACUACUGUUCUGUAUCUUUGUUUAUCACAGAUAAACCUGAGUUUUCUGUGCAUCCACAAAAUGCGACAAAAAUAGAAGAGGAUAACGUUACUUUCACUUGUAAUGCAACUGGAAAUCCUGCACCUACAUUCCGAUGGACCAAAAUCGGUUCUGUUUUAAGGACCGGUUCAAGAAUCAGUUUGUCAUCAGACGGCAAACAGCUCACUAUAACGAAUGUGACCAGAGAAGACAGUGGGCAAUAUGUUUGUGAGGCAACUAACAAUGUGACGACAGUUCCGUCCGAUUCUGCUACACUAAAUGUACAAUGUAAGAUUACUUGUUUUAAUUACUCCCUAAUUGUUGCUAAGAACACUCUUAAACCUGUUGUGUCCUUUUUAAUAAGCAAUUUUAAUAAAAUGUAUGAUUUAUAUUUUUUACAUUUCAAUGUUGUUUAACAUUCUGGUACCUUAGUGUUGUUACCUAUGUUUUUACAUAUAUAUUUGAGCUAUUUUGAAAAAAUAGCUCAUAUGUCAGUGGUGUGAGCGUAUGUAUCUUUGUGGCUUUGUAUCUUUGUGGCUUUGCAUGUUGGGAUGUUUGUUGCAAGAGCCAAUAAGGUUGAAGGUACUAUGAGUUGAUGUUUAGGAACCAAUGAGAUCUUGGCAUCUAUUUAAACAUGGCACUGAUAAAGGUCGAACAAGGGCACUUUGAGACCGCCAUCUUGAUCCUUCACAAUUUUUUCGUCUUUUAUUACGGGUACAGGUUUUUGGAAGCAUUACAUAAAAUAUCUUCAUGAUUCAAACCCUGUGAACAGUGAUGCAGCUGUUUAAGGGUUCAUAUUUAAGUGUGGAUGCUGCUUCGAGGCAUUUCUGACCUAAUUCGGCUAUCAGUACAAUGCACGUCAGUAUGAGUUCUGUUUCACGUGCUACAACUGGGUAGAGUAUAAAAGAUCAUAUAUUUUCAAAUCUCUUCCAAUGAAGCAAUGAUUGAUAUUUAGAUAUAGACUUUUAUUCGAAAGUAUGCGCCCUAUAAAAUGUGGUUUUAGAAGUUUAAAAGGCAGCUUAUUUUUUUGAAAGCUGUAUCGAGUAUUGUUAAUUCUGUAAACGAGCUUUAAAAAUAUUAUUCUCUCGCUUACAAAGUUCAACCUACCUUUUUCGUUCUAUUUAGUAAAGAUGCGUAACUUAAGUAGAAACAGUAGCGUUAGGGAAUAAAAUUGGAAGAAGCUAGUUGACACAAUAAUUAGAUACUGUUAUAUUGAGUGGAGUAACAUGAUUUAAGUAGAAAUAUAUUUCGGCAGUUUGAUAAUUUUCUUGAAAGUUAAUAAAUGUUAGGCUAUCAACCUUGACGUUGCAGGAGACAUAAUUUAAUUGCAGAUGUUGUAAUAAAGCCGAGGUGAUUUCUUAAAAUCGUUUGAGAAAAUUUUGUAGUAAAACAAUUUGCCUCUUUUUUACGUACGAGUUGUGAAAGGGCCAUUGACCAACAUCUUCACAUGCAAAUUGUGUACAUGAGUUAUUUUUAUAAUUCUGUUUAUUAGAUUAUUGUGUGAUAACUCGAAUUCCCUCACGUACGAACCACGAAAGGGGGCAAAGUCCAACACUUUCACGUGCCAGCUGUGUGACUGUACAUCUCAUGCAGAUUGGCUUUUCACAAUGACAAUAGUAACUUGGACGUAUGAAGACCUGUUUCGUUUAGUAACCAAUGCCUUAAAAAGGCUCUUGUCUUUUAAGAAGCAAUGGCUUUCAAAACAUGACGAAAUAAGUUGUCGGAGUUAAAGACUGUUUCACAAAUGUUAAUAAAUGUUAGGUUAUCAACCUUGACGUUGCAUGAAACAUAAUAGAGAGAUUAAGAUUCACGUUUACGCCAAACGAGAGACGUGAAUUUGUACCACGUGACCAAGUUUUCCCCUUAUUUUUCGUUUAAUCUUUAUUGCUUCUACACAAACAUAAGUAGUUUUAUGCCAGUUUUAACCACAGGAAUCGUUCGAGACUGUUUUUAUCUGCUUAUUUUCUAUUCUGAGAAAUUCUCAACUUGAGUCUGACGUUUGUCGUUUGCGGUAAACGUGAAUCUUAAUCUCUCUAAUUUAAUUGCAGAUGUUAUAAUGAAGCCGAGGUGAUUUCUUAAAAUCGUUUGAGAAAAUUUUGUAGUAAACAAUUUGCCUUUUUUUUACGUACGAAUUGGAAAAGGGCGAAAGACAACAUCUUCGGGUGCAAAUUGUGUGCGUGAGUUAUUUUUAUAAUUCUGUUUACUAGUUUACUGUGUGAUACCUCGAAUUCCCUCACGUACGAACGACGAAAGGGGGCAAAGUCCAACACUUUCACGUGCCAGCUGUGUGACUGUACAUCUCAUGCCGAUUGGCUUUUCACAAUGAUAACUAGUAACUUGGACGUAUGAAGACCUGUUUCGUUUUGUAACCAAUGCCUUAAAAAAGGUUCUUGUCUUUUCAGAAGCAAUAGCGUUUAAAACAUGAGAAAUAAGUUGUCGGAGUUAAAAAUAAGUUGUCGGAGUUUGUUUCACUGAGUAGGAUCGCACGUGAAGACCUCGUGAAUUAUGAUGAUGCAACCAUCUACCACAACGAUAAAAAUCCUGGUAUUUCGUAACUAUUCAGUAUUCGAUGAGUCACAUUUUGGCUUAAGAAACUCGGAGGAAACCUUAGAGUUUUCCUUCUAAUCAACGUUUGGUGAAUAGAAAUUUAUUUCACUUUAAUGAUUUGUUUAACUUGCACCAGAUGUAACAGGGAAAGACAGAGGAAAGUGAAUAUAUAGCUUGAGGAUCGACUCAGCUAAGCGUUUCGCGUUUUCAUUUAUGUACCGCAAUAUGCAAUUUCGCGCAAAAACCCAAUCUGCAUUUAGGAUGAAAGAGGUAGAUUCAUCACUCUUGGUAAGGUUACACCGAAGCAUUAAAGUUACACUGAAGCAUUCAAAAUAGCUCAUGCACGUUUAACGUGCCUAUGAUCUAGAAAGGAAGCAAACAACGCAACACGAGGUCUUAUUAAAAGAUGAAUAAUUCCCUAAACCAAAAAGUUUCCUUGUCUAUCAAACCUUAAAAUUGGCCCGUUAGCCCUUUUACCUCCAUUCGUUGAAUGCAAUGACAGAUUUCUCAAAUCUUUUAUUUGCUUUAAAUGAUCAACUGUCCUCACCUUUUAAUACCCCUAAAGCCUGAAAAAGAGCCCCUUUCUUUCCCUCCCGCGCGCCGGUUACACAGGUUGCUUAGCGACAAAUAAAUAAUUGUCUUGCUGUGCUAUCAAGUGUUUUAAAACUUUCUAACUCCUCAGAGUAUGGAUGCUUUUACUCAUUACAGUGAUAUCCUAAGGGCUCAAGUAAUCUGCGCCAUGAGGCGAACUAAAGUCAGAUUAUAAGACUAUUAAAGAUUCAUUUAGCGUUUGGUAUUUUCCCUUAUUUCCUACUUUAAUCGCAUUGCUCCUAAUUACAAAUCAGCCUGAGGUCCUUACGCAUCCACGAAAUGAGACAAAGACUGUAGUUUAUGUCCGGGAAAAUAAUGUCUACAAAGUUUGCGCCAUUGACUAAAUUCAUAUUCACAGGCUUCCUAUUUAUCAAAAAGGUAGUUCUGAACAUUCUACUUAGAAAUCUCGUCCUGAGUAGUAGCUUGUACUUUUCCCCUUUCAGAUGCACCUGGGUUCACCAAACAUCCUGACAAUAUCGUGAAAAUAGAGGGAGAGACCGCUAUCUUUAACUGCACUGUAGAUGGAAACCCUGAACCCAGCAUUGACUGGACAAAAGAUAACGUGACUCUUAACAUCACAGCGGAUCCAGAUCUAAGCCAAUCAAACUCAGGAAAAGUUCACUCUUUAGAAAUACGGAAUGUUUAUCGGUCAGAUAAAGGGCAAUACAGAUGUGUGGCAAACAAUAACAGUAUCGGUUCUGCAACUUCGUUGGCCGGAACACUCUCAGUGCAUUGUAAGUACCACUUUGUAUUUGAAGCUGUUCACAUAAUAGGUGACUUGCAUUGCAUUGCUGCGUCGACAAUUAUGUCAAUCAAACCAGGCCGGAUCGGAAAAAGGCUGAUUCUCUAUUAGUUUAUUCGAAUUUUGCUUAUGAGGGUUCGGUUUCACAGCUACUGAGGUUAUACAUUAUAUAUAAAUGCUACUGUGCAAGGCUCUAACCAGCUAUCAGGGACAAGCAUGUGAGCUCCUUCUCCUUUCGCGUGUUUCCUCUCCCUUCCGUAGUAUUAAUAAAACGUUUACUUCUCUACUGUUCUGUAUAUAUCUUUGUUUAUCACAGAUAAACCUGAGUUUUCUGUGCAUCCACAAAAUGCGACACAGAUAGAAGGGUCUAACGUUUCUUUCACUUGUAAUGCAACUGGAAAUCCUGCACCUUCAUUCCGAUGGACCAAAAACGGUUCUGUUUUAACGACCGGUUCAAGAAUCGGUUUGUCAUCAGACGGCAAACAGCUCACUUUAACGAAUGUGACUAGAGAAGACAGUGGGCAAUAUGUCUGUGAGGCAACUAACAAUGUGAGGACAGUUCCAUCCGAUUCUGCUACACUAAAUGUACAAUGUAAGAUUACUUAUAAUUAUUACCUACUUAUUGAUAAAAAUACUCUCUAACCUGUUGUGUCCUUUUUAAUAUACAAUUUUAAUAAAAUGUAUGAUUUUUGUUUUUUUGCAUUUCAUUGUUGUUUAAAAUUCUGGUACCUUAGUGUGGUUACCUAUGUUUUUACAUAUAUAGUCUAGAAAAGAAGCAAACAAAGCAACACAAGGUCUUAUUCAAAGAUGAAUAAUUCCCUAAACCAGAAAGUUUCCUUGUCUAUCAAACCUUAAAAUUGGCCUUUUUUAGCCCAUUUAGCUCCUUUCGUAGAACGCAAUGCAAUAUUUCCCAAAUCUUUCAUUUGCUUUAGUUGAUGAAAUCCUCACCUUUCAUUUACCAAAAGCCUGAAAAAGGGGCCCCUUUCUUUCCCCCCCGCGCUCCGGUUACACAGGUUGUUCAGCGACAAAUAAUUAAUUUUCAUGCUCUGCUAUAAAGUGUUUUAAAACUUACUACCUCUUCAGAGUAUGAAUGCUUUUACUCAAUACAGUGGUAUCGUAAGAGCUCAAGUAAUCUGCGUAAUGAGGCGAACAAAAGUCAUUAUAAGACUAUUUAAGAUUCUUUUAGCGUUUCCCUUAUUUUCUACCUUAAUCGCAUUGCCUUCUAAUUACAGAUCAGCCUGAGUUUAAUACGCAUCCACAAAAUAAGACAAAGACAGAAGGGGAAAAUGUGACUUUUACCUGUAAUGCAGUUGGCAAUCCUGCACCCACAUUCUCAUGGACGAGAGACGGUUCUGUUGUGAAUACGACUUCAAGAAUCACUUUUAACGAAAAUAAUAAGACGUUGACCAUAACGAAUGUGAUCAGAGGAGACAGCGGAGAAUACAUCUGUGUGGCUACGAACAAUGUUAACAGAGUUGAAUCCAACCCUUCCACAUUAAAUGUACAAUGUAAGGAUACUUUUGCUUGAUUAUUCAGCAUGAUUGUUUUAAGAGAUAUUCUUUACCUCUGCUUUUGUUUUUCUUUUUUUUUUUUCUCAGGUGUUUUUUUUUCUUUCGCUUUUUUUAGAAUAACUGUAACUAAUGCAAUCAUUUAAUACAUUUUAAGAUUUACUGUAUCUCUGUCAUUGAUUUUUGCAGCUAUAAUUCUUUAAAAAUUUUGUUAAUAUAAUUUAAUAAUUUUACUGAGGGAGCCCAUUCCUUAUCAGCCAAGUGGCUUCCCUUGGGCUUCCUCGCCAUUAGGUUUUUAAACAGUUAGAUUUUCUCGUUUCUUGGUACAUGUUUUACGGCAAAACGAUAAACUGAACUUAACUGAACUGAUUACUAGGAUCAGAACGCAGACUGGAGAAGAAAAGAGCAAACAGCCAGCAGCAAGGAGAGAGGCGUUUCAUUCAAAACCGUUGUAGUUUUUAAACCAAGCAGGAGCAAACCCGCAGCGCAGCAUUACAACAUUGUUGCGACAUUGUUUCGAAUAGUUGCAACAGUGUGCCAACAUUGCUAUGCUGUGAUGCGCUCAAACUCGUCGUUGGGAUUUUACUAACAGGAUUUUAUUUACAUAUUAGAAAAGAAUAAAAUGCGUCCGGUAAAAGCAUGGAACAGUUUUAUAAUUUAUCCGGUAUAAAAGUGUCUACAAAGUUUGCGCCAUUAGAGACCUUUAGCAUCAGGUUUUUCAUGGGAAACCGCAAACCGCAGUUUGCACUUACGCAGUUUCGCGUUGCUGCGAGAUUUCAAAUUUUAGCAAGGCGUUCAGUUCAGUUCAGUUCAGUUCAUUUUUAUUUAGCCAAAAUAUAAUACAAUACAAGAAUAUAUAAAGGAAUUGUAAGGUUGCAAGGGAGCCCAGAAGAAACCAGAAGGCUUAUGAAGCCUGGGCUCCCCAAUCACAAAGAAAUAUUAAGUAAAAAAAAAAUGAAAUUCGCCGAGUGAUACGUUAAAAAUGGGAACUAAACAAAGACUGUGUUAAGUUAUGAAUUCAGUAACAAAAUAGAAAAAGAAUUUUAACUCUGGAUUGGAACAGAAAACUUUCUUAUGUUAUUAAGGCAGAAAGGAUUAUAAAAUCGAUUUGAACUACGCGUUUAUUGCUUAGUGCCGCCAUGUUGUUUUUGAUCAAGUCGAAGUUUAUUACUGUAAUCGCCAUAAAAAAGGAGUAGUGCAUUGAUUCGAGAUCAAAAAUCCAACAAACACAUUGCAAACGGAUAUAAAAAGCUAGUUCGUGCUUUAAACGCGAGCCUGUACAAUUUUUAGUGGCAAAAAUCCUUGCCGUAAAUCACUUACAGCUGCUUACUGCUGGAAGCCCUUCCUGUGGUUCAAAAGUGAACUGCAAACUGCAAACAUGACCGCAAGGCCGUGGUCUCGUGACAUUUUGUGGUUUGCGGUUUUCCAUGAAAAAAACCUGAUGCUAAAGGUCUCUAUUAACUAAACGCACAUCCACAGGCUUUCUUUUUUAUCAAAAAGUAGUUCUGAACAUUUCAAUUAGAUAGAAAUCUCGUCCUGAGUAGUAGUCUUGUACUUUUCCCCUUUCAGAUGCACCUGGGUUCACCAAACAUCCUGACAAUAUCGUGAAAAUAGAGGGAGAGACCGCUAUCUUUAACUGCACUGUAGAUGGAAACCCUGAACCCAGCAUUGACUGGACAAAAGAUAACGUGACUCUUAACAUCGCAGCGGAUCCGGAUCUAAGCCAAUCGAACUCAGGAAAAGUUCACUUUUUAGAAAUACAGAAUGUUCAUCGGUCGGAUAAAGGGCAAUACAGAUGUGUGGCAAACAAUAACAGUAUCGGUUCUGCAACUUCGUUGGCCGGAACACUCUCAGUGCAUUGUAAGUACCACUUUGUAUUUGAAGCUGUUCACAUAAUAGGUGACUUGCUGCAUCGACAAUUAUGUCAAUCAAACCAGGCCGGAUCGGAAAAAGGCUGAUUCUCUAUUAGUUUAUUCGAAUUUUGCUCAUGAGGGUUCGGUUUCACAGCUACUGAGGUUAUACAUUGUAUAUAAAUGCUACCGUGCAAAGUACUUACCAGUUAUCAGGGACAAGCAUGUGAGCUCCUUCUCCUUUCGCGUGUUUCCUCUCCCUUCCGUAGUAUUAAUAAAACGUUUGCUUCACUACUGUUCUGUAUAUAUCUUUGUUUAUCACAGAUAAACCUGAGUUUUCUGUGCAUCCACAAAAUGCGACACAGAUAGAAGGGUCUAACGUUUCUUUCACUUGUAAUGCAACUGGAAAUCCUGCACCUACAUUCCGAUGGACCAAAAACGGUUCUGUUUUAACGACCGGUUCAAGAAUCAGUUUGUCAUCAGACGACAAACAGCUCACUUUAACGAAUGUGACUAGAGAAGACAGUGGGCAAUAUGUCUGUGAGGCAACUAACAAUGUGAGGACAGUUCCGUCCGAUUCUGCUACACUAAAUGUAAAAUGUAAGAUUACUUUUUAUAAUUAUUACCUAAUUACUGCUAAAAAUACUCUCUAACCUGUUGUGUCCUUUUUAAUAUGCAAUUUUAAUAAAAUGCAUGAUUUUUGUUUUUUUGCAUUUCAUUGUUGUUUAAAAUUCUGGUACCUUAGUGUGGUUACCUAUGUUUUUACAUAUAUAGUCUAGAGAAGAAGCAAACAAAGCAACACGAGGUCUUAUUCAAAGAUGAAUAAUUCCCUAAACCAGAAAGUUUCCCUGUCCAUCAAACCUUAAAAUUGGCCUUUUUUAGCCCAUUUAGCUCCUUUCGUAGAAGGCCAUGACAGAUUCCCCAAAUCUUUCAUUUGCUUUAAUUGAUGAAAUCCUCACCUUUCAUCUACCGAAAGUCUGAAAAAGGGGCCCCUUUCUUUCCCUCCCGCGCGCCGGUUACACAGGUUGCUUAGCGACAAAUAAAUAAUUUUCAUGCUCUGCUAUCAAGUGUUUUAAAAUUUUGUAACUCCUCAGAGUAUGGAUGCUUUUACUCAUCACAGUGAUAUCCUAAGGGCUGAAGUAAUCUGCUCUGUGAGGCAAACUAAAGUCUUUAUAAGACUAUUUAAGAUUCAUUUGGCGUUUGGUAUUUCCCCUUAUUUCUUACUUCAAUCGCAUUGCCUUCUAAUUACAGAUUAGCAUGAGUUCCUUACGAAUCCACGAAAUGAGACAAAGACUGUAGAUUUUGUCCGGGAAAAUAAUGUCUACAAAGUUUGCGCCAUUGACUAAAUUCGUAUAUACAGGCUUUUUAUUUAUUAAAAAGGUAGUUCGGAACAUUCUACUUAGAAAUCUCGUCCUGAGUAGUAGUCUUGUACUUUUUCUCUUUCAGAUGCGCCUGGGUUUACCAAACAUCCUGUCAAUACCGUGAAAAUAGAGGGAGGGACUGCUGUCUUUAACUGCACUGUAGAUGGAAACCCUGAACCCAGCAUUGACUGGACAAAAGAUAACGUUGCUCUUGACAUCGCAGCAGAUUCAGAUCUAAGCGAAACAAACUCAGGAAAAGUUCACUUCUUAGAGAUACAGAAUGUUCAUCGAUCAGAUGAAGGAGAUUACAGAUGUGUGGCAAACAACAGUAUCGGUUCUGCAACUUCGCAGGCGGGCUCGCUCUCAGUGCAUUGUAAGUACCACUUGUUGCAUCGACAAUAAUGUCUCAAUCCAUGUAAAGGAAUCCGGAUUCCGGGAACCGGGCAAUUUUUGCUGUGGAAUCCGGUAUCCUGGGCUUUGGAAUCCAGAAUACAGCUAAAAAAAAAUCUGGAAUCCUACUAAGGAUUGGAAUCCAGUAGCUGGAAUCCGGAAUCUACGGCAUGGAAUCCAGAAUCCAAGGCUGUCUUGGAUUCCGUCGCAUGAGGCAAAAUGUCAGUCAAACCAGGCCGGAUGGGAAAAAGGCCGAUUCUCUAUUGGUUUAGGCCAUCCUCAUAAAAUCAUAAAAUGUUUCGUUUCCCAUCGCCCUCCCUCUCGUGAAGGUGGGUCGGUUGGUCGGGCAAGAAAAAAAAAAGAAUGAACACAUGAUUGCAUAUUAAAUCUCACGUUUAGUCUGCAAGAUAUAAUCAGAUGGUAAAAGAUGUAUAUUUACAGGACUAUCAAAUGACUAGACAAAGGCUACAAAAAAGAAGUAUCGAUGAUAAUUUAGGACAAUUGGUGGUAAUAAGACAAGAUCGUGUGCUUGUAAAUUAAAGUGCUUGCUUCUUUACAAGUGAUUUUGGAAUUUUUUUUUUUUUUUUUUUUUUUUUCCAAAAAAAAUGGGUCGGUCGGGCGAUGAGAAACGAAACAUUUUUUGGGGAUGGCCUUAAGCGAAGUUUGCUCACUGGGGUUGGGUUGCACCGCUUUUUGCAUGGCCCAGAAUUCUUUUGUCUUCCGCGACAUGUACUUACAGUGCCCAGUUUCUCAAUGCGCUGCAUAAUAAUUGAAUAAAUAAGCUUUCGGAAAGCCAGCUAAAUGCCGACUAUUCUCGUAAAAGAAUCGGUAGCUGUCAAUCAAACGGUUUGAUGCGUGAAGUGUGAAUCUCUAUGGUAAAUCUCUAGGUGUGAAAGUGAGUACGGUAAUUGCACUCUAAUUAAGGCCGGCCCAGCGUAACAAAGAAUUUAUUCGCGUGCACUUGUUUCAGAUGCCUUUAGAAUAAUCUGACUUCUCGCGACGGCCAAACAGUCUCUCUCAAUACAUAUUUUGAUCCUGAGGCUAUAUACAUCCUCGGAGACCCAGGGGCAGUCAGUCGGGUCGAAAUAAAAGGCGGCCUUUUCUCUCGACCCGACUGCCUGCCCCUGGGUUUCCGAGGAUGGGCUAUAUACAGCUAAAUCAAAAAAGGUUGAUUGGUCAUUGGUAUUUGGGCAUAUAGAACAAUUCAAUGAUUUUCUUGAGUAAACACCAAACAAUAGCUUCCCAAUGCCCAGUAGCACACGUUCAAUAUAUUAAAAUUCUGACAUGACUCUUAGGCCUCAGGGCCAAAUUGCAAAUUUUUCACGACCUUAUUGUCUCACAAUUCCAAGAAGAGACUUGAGCACAAAGAAGAUCAAACCAAUUAUAGAAAAAUGACCAGAAAGCCUCGGAGUCAUGUUAGAAUUUUAAUAUAUCGGACGUGGGCUAUUCCUAAUGCUCAAAGCAAUCCUUAUUGAACCAGCUAUAUAAAAACUGAUUUGUUCAAUACACUAACCAUCUAUACAUAACUGAAUGCCAUAACACGUUCCAUAUAAAGCAAUAGCGGUAUUAAGAACAUAGACGAUUUUUCCUUGUCGUAAACCUGAUCAUUAGCCGACUCGUGAUACCUUAUAAUUAAAAAAGAUGAAAAUACUCACGGCCAUUAAUUCCAUAGAAGCCGGCAGAGAAAGAAUAGGAAUGGCACAAUAAGUAGUAGUCGGACUUGUUACGUACAAAGAAGGCACAAGAAGGAAAGCGGAAACAAUAGAGACCAACAUACAGACACACACGGAUGAAAUCACGAUUUUUUUUUCGUUUGAAAUGAGGACCGUCUCGUUUAUCCUUGAAAAACGACGUGAAACUACCCAAUUUCAUGUUAUGUAGGACAUGCGAAGAAUUUUUCUGGCUUUUUAUUUAUUUUGAAUGCGGUUUCUUAUAAUUUAAACUCCAGGAAAAUUCGCGUUCAUCUGAGUCAAAAUGUCAAAUGGGUUGUAACAAUUGCGAUGAAGUUUUUAAAAGAACGGAAAUACUUUUUAGUAGUGAUGUUUUCACUGACGUCCUCGUCGCUGCCGCGUAAAAUCCCUAUUGAGACGGAUUAUCCUACCAUAAUCCGUCUAUUCCGUCAAAUCGGUCAUUAACACCAAGGUGUGAUUAGCAAAAGCUUUUUUUCGGUUUCCUUUAAAGUUAUGCAAACUUUUCAAAAGGUUCGACAUCUCUUGAGCUCUUUUUAGGUAUUGAUUAUUACCGGAUUUAAUAGAAGCAAAACUGAUUUAAUUUUUUUUCCAACGGAGAUUAAUUAAUUAUUUUGAAAAUAUGAACAAACAAUAAUAAGAAGAAAGGAAAAGCAAAAAAAUGCCAAGUAUAAAGAACCGAUUCCGGUUCAUCCCUGUUGGCCAUAUUUGUAGUCGAUGGAAGACCGCGGAAGCCAUCCUGUCCUUUCUAAGGCUGAAACUAAGAGUGAAAAUUAAGAGACCUUUUUUAAAAAAUAACUCAUAAGACACAAGUUCCUUACCAAAAAUGGUUUGAAAACUCCAUUUUUAGAACUUCCGAUCUGUUUUUGUGUGAAGAAAGGUUAAUCCGGCUUUAUAAUGGUCGGGUCCUCACCUUGAAUAAAAAGGUUAUCGCGUGUUAGUUUCACGCCAAAACAUGUCAAAUAGUAAUAAUAAAACAGCAUGAUACUGAACCUUGGAAAAGUAAAACUAUUGUUAUUUUAUUAAACAUAACUUAAGUUGUUGAUGUAUAUGUCAUUGUUUUGACUUUUACCGUCUUUUAAAAAAGGAAUGCGUGACGUCAAGAGAUUGUCUCGAACUAUCUCUUCGUGAUAUUUCCUUGUGUGUUGCCCCGACAACUUGAGCCGAUAUAUUCGCUUUUUAUCAAUUGUAUCCUUUAUUUUCUAAGUUGCUCUUUUCAACUGAACUCAAGAAAUUUAGAAAUGAACGUAAAUAGCGUCGAAGUUACGAAUUUUCGACAAAUCUUAACAUUGUUAAGGGCGAUUAAUUAUGGAAAUGUGCGGUUUAUUUCGAGUCGUGACCUCACAAAGUACUUUGCCAAUACGCCACCCUCGCUUUCGAUUUCCGCUCAGGGGAGGGGAGAGGAACAUUUCAGCUCCGUCAAGUUUAUGCUUUCAAAAUAUGGACGAACGUCUUGCAGGAAGAAUCGUCCUAAAAUAUCAUUCGUCUUGUUGGUUUUCUCUCUUUCUGCUGUUGGUAUUCCAUUCGCCCGUUAUUAGUGAAGGUAAUAACUCUUUUCGAUUUUGAAACCAAACGUUUUUACUACUUAUUCGUUGAAUUCACAAAGCGGAAAUAAUUUUACGUUUGUGUAUUUACAGUCAGGUGUACUAGUAGUAAUAUGAGUCACUUCUGCCAGUAGCCAAUCAGCGACGAGUAUUUAGGUCACGUGGUACAAAUGGACCAAUCAGAGAGCAGUAUUUUUGUGUCAUAUCAAAUCGCAUGGUACAAAUUACCCAUGAUGCACCUUGAUUAGCUGUCAAUCAAACUUGAUGACGUCAUGGCAACGUCAUAGAGUGUGACGUCAUAGGGCGUGACGUCAUGGGAGGGGGUGGUUCCUAAGGAAUAAUCACGUGACACAUUGCAUUUUUUUGUUCUCAAACUUCUACUUUAUUUAACUAAUGAUACAACUCAUGUUUAUUAAACUACAGUAUAAUGAAUGUCAAUGUCACUUUGCAAGGUUGGUGGAUUGAGGUUUCCGUCAGCAUACAAUACAGUAUCGGGUACAUGCGGUGUUACGAUGGUAUUAUAACGUUCUCCGAACAAGUUCCUUGCAUGGGCUUCGAAAAUGUUUUUCAUUGACAGUCCUCGUUCGGGGGUAGUUUCUCUUUCAAGUUCUUGCUUGAUGGUAAUCAUGCGGUCAUGCCAUUCUUUCACUCGACGAAAGGUAGUAUCUUUCCAAUGAGGAAAUGCCUCGUAAAUGUCAUCGAGACUCACCAGGUACUUAUGGUCUACGGGCCAAUAGCUUUCAUCGAGUGCUUCGCACUUUCUUUUGUCUAUCCACUUGGUGAGGUCACACACGAUUCUGUGUAGAAUAUCCAGCUGCUCUUCUGUAUAGGUUUCGUUUUCCUUGUUAUUUGCCAGAAACAAGUAGUGCCAAAUGAACUUUUGCACGGUGGCUCUUCGCUUGAAAUUUACGCGAUAGUAUUUGGUCAGGGAAAGCAUGUCUAUGAUCCACUCGGCAGUGUUAUCCUCUUCAAGGACCAUGCGGGUCGCGUCUAACAGUGUACCGUUGGUUACGACGGGAGGUAAAUCGUCAACGUAGUUGCUUAAAUCUAGCAUGGGUUGCGGCAGGAUAUCGCUGUAGGCAGCCAUGUUGGAAAAACUGAAGAGAAGUGGUGUUGUGCAAUGGGUUAUAAGGGAGGUGUGAACCAAUCAUGUGGAAGGAAAGGGGUCAUGUGAUAAGGGUGAGCCAAUGGGAGAGAAGUAAUUUUUUUUGCGUGAAAAGAGGGGGUAUCCCCCCCCAUACCCCCUUUUUUGACCCCUUUUUUGGAGAGCACGUGGUUAGGCGAGGUUACCUAUUGAAUCAGAGAGUAUAAGAGCAGAGAGGGUUGGAGUGUUUCAUUUGCGUUUUUUCCAAGAUGGUGACCAGAGCUUUACCAAUCAAGUUUGGCAGGGAUGAUGGUUCGUAUAAGGAAACCGGAUGUUUUAUUUGUUUAAAGGAAGAAAAAGAUUUGCCUGUGACAUCAUGUUGUGGGAAGAUGGUUCACGAGUCAUGUUUGAUCAAUUGGCUAGAGGUUUGCAAGGCUCCAAGUUGUCCUCAUUGCAGAACAGAGAUGGUCACGGUGAGUAGAGAAAAAAAACGGAGCGAGGUUUUGAUCCUCGGACCUUUGGCUUAUGAGGCCAAUGUGCUAACCACUACACUACUCUGUUUUGUAGAUACAUGUUGUGCAGAAUCGAGCGAUAUAUGAUAGGAUGAAUGCUGACUUGGGGUCUGAGACCACUCGUAAAGUGUAUCAAGAUAGGAGGGAUCGUUUUUAUUUGGAUUUUGCGAUGAUGACAUGCGAUUGUGGGGAUGAAGUGAAAGGAGUGGUGCGGAUGGAGUUUUUUUGUGGACUGACUACAUUUAUAGAAAGUAUUAAGGCAAUCAGAGGUGUAAAAUUGAAAGUAGUUUAAUAACAUGAUGUGAAUAAAGUUGUUUUUACAAGUUUUAACUGAAGUUUGACAAUGUGUUCAUGUUUUCCCUUAAGAGGAUUGUUUUCUUCGCCGUCGUUGUGUACGGGUAUCGUAGGGUAACCAAUCGGAGAUGAGUUUUUCUGUUUCUGUUUGUCUUCAUUUUUUGGUGGUGGUUGUCUUUUUUCUUGUCUGGGGUUGUCCUCUCAUGAGGUUGAGAAGUAAUUUUUGAAAGGCUUUGGUUUGUUCAUCUUGCCGGAUAAUGGAGUCAGUUGUAUCAUCUGGUGUGAUGGUGGAGGUAAAGGGACCUUGUUUAUAUUUUCGUAAAGCUUUGUUGAAGGUGGAGUUCAAUGCCUUGACUUUGGCUUUUUUAAUGGCAGGAGGAAUAUUUUUGUUGGUGAGGACUUUGUGUCUUGUAGCUGCAAGUUGAGUGGCUGUGGUGAGAGUGGGAUCACUGGUGAUGCGUUCUUUGUAGAGAUUGGUUAAUUUACCCAGUUUCUCUGGGGGAAUCAUGAGUACUUGAUUCAUGGUCUUGAGCUGAGAUGAUGCGUCGUAUUUGUUCUUGAUAGUAACGUUUGGUAAAGUCGAGUUGUCGUUGUAGUUGUUCCAAAUCUUUGUUUUGUUGUUGGAUGAUGGUCACGAGGUUAGUAGUGCAGCUUUUAUACUCUUUGCAUUUUGUGCAUCGUUUGGAUUUUACCGGGAGACACAUCGACAUACCUCUUGUAAUCCUUUCCAUAAUUGUCCACCACCGCGUUGUUUCAUUAAGAGCUGUUUGCGUUUUUUAAGUGAGGCACCUUUCUUGGCGAUGGAUCUUAAGAGGUUUUUGUGUGGUUUCAAUCGACCAAUGGUUUUGUUGGACACGGGAAUGUUUUUUUUUAACAAAUUUAAGGUGAUUUCGCUCAAGGCAUUAACCUGUUCUUUGUUGGCAUGACGGAUUUUGUCCAUGCGUUUGAAUCGAUUGCCUUCUUUGAGGAUAUUUUGAAUGAAGGGAACGUGUGGUUUGACUCUAUUCAUCCUACUCGUUUACGUCCAGUGGCCUGCGGUAUGGCCGGUUGGGGUAUGACUGUUUUGGAGCGUUUACUCUUUGAUUUGCCGUUUCCUCCUUUACUUCCAUAUAUAGCUGUUCCGAUACCUGCAGUUGCAACACCGGUAGCGGCGGCGGCUCCAGCGGCGGUUCCGGCUGCUUUUCCAGCUUGUUUGAGUCCUUUUCGGACUGUUUUUCUCAUGGUUUUUUUAGCGACGGUUUUUGCAACCUUUUUACUGAAUUUUUUUCCUGACACUUUGGCUCCUCGUUUGGCUGCUUGUUUGGCUGCUUGUUUGGCUGCUUUUGUAAUGGUUUUUUUCCCGACUGUUUUUAAGACGCGUUUGGUAACACCUUUGGUAAUGGGUUUAAGACUUUUUCCCACUGUUUUCGAGACAAGACGUCCCCAUCCACCUCCAUGUUGUCGUAAAUAAUUUUGAUAUUGUUUGGCGUUUUUGAAGUACAACCAAGGUUCUUUGAUUUUUCGGUCAAAUUUUGGUGCCCGAUAAGUCCCAGUGGCACCUUUGGCUCCUCGACGUUUAUAGUCUGGGUUAUGUCCCAUGGACAUACCGAGUUCGGCUGCUAUGGGUAUGAUGGUUUCGAGACCUAUUCCGCCGUAUUGUUUUCGUCUUGGCAUGGUGGUUGUUUUGAGGUGGAUGUAUCAUCCGUUUUCUCUUUAUAUGUUUUUUGUCCAUCCAGUUGAUCGUUAGGGCAUUUAUAGUAGCGUAGGAUAUGAUCUGGAAUAGGAGGGGCAAAAUCAAUAAUGACCUCUUCUAAAAUUUGUUGUUUGAGUAGAAAUUCAUCCGUUGCAGAUAAUUGUAGAGCACGUAAUUCCGUGAGUGCUUUGACAUGAGUGGAAUAAGCAAAUUUACUCAUGUCCAUUUUGAUGGAGUAUCGUUUAAAAUCAUUCCAACCUUUGAUGAACAUUCCAACAGCUGCUAAGAUGGAAGUGAGUAAUACAUUUUGUAAAACAGGUCCAAUGAUGAGUCCCAAGGAGGUAGCGAGCAGAGAGAGAAUAUUGAGAAUGGUAUAGAUGCGUUUAAAUCGAAAAAACAUUUGUCGAUGACACCACCAUUGACGAUGAUGAUACGUGUAGACUUGAUUCAUGGUGUAACUCUUGUAGACGUUCUUGACACGGUGGGUCUGUUUCUACGAUUAUUGCCCACGCGUGUCCUUGUAUUGGUGACGGUGGGACGUCGUCUAUUUUGUUUGUAAGUGGUAGUGACUGUGUUGGUGGUAACAAUGUUACUAAUUUCUCGAUUAUCUUGAGCAAUGUCAUCUAAUAAUAAACGGAGUUGUUGCUGCAUACGCCCCCGAGCAGGGGCGGUGGUAUUAGUAGUAGCGGUGGGUUGUCUAUUGCGUCUUCUUCUCGCUGCACCUGACCUAGUGGCAGUGGUGGUUGUGGCCGUAGCAGUGGGUGCUCGCCUUCUUGCCCGUGAGGGUCUUCUUGCUCUGGAUCGAGAGGUAGUAGUAGUAGUAGUUGGUCUCCUCGGUCGCGGUGGUGGUGGUGGUGGUGGUGGCGGUGGCUGCCUUGUUGUGGUGCCUGGUCCAGUGCUGAUGGGAGGUGCUGUAUCGAUAUCGGCUUCAUCCAAGGCUUGUUGAACAAGAUCAUCAGGGGGUUCAGUGGGUCUUUGUCUACUGCUUGUACCUAUCCCAGUGGUGAUGGGUGGAGUCACUUGUCGCGGGGGUGGAUCGCCAAUGCGUGGAGUGUCUGAAUCCACCGGUGGUACAUUGGCCACAUAUUCAAAUAAACCUCCAAAAUCACCUGGAUUGAAGCCAAGAUCUUGCACUUGUUCAGCAGCGGUGAGAUUUUGUACAUAUUGAGUAGCAGCAUCGGGUGACCUUAUGGGUCCUUCGGGACUUGAGUCCAUCCUUUAGUCCACAAGUGUUCAAUUAAGUCACUGAAAUGAGUUUCGUUGUAGUGAUGGACGACUGUUUGAAUUUGCCGUUUUUGUCUGUUUCGAACAUGAUUAUAUACUGCUUGGAAAGGAAUGUAGUCCAUGUCAUCAGGUGACAUACCUUGUAGAUAAUUGUGAAAUACUUGUUCUACGUGUUGCCAUUGUUGCUUUCUAUGUUGGAUGGCCUGUUUGAUUUCUUGGACAUCGGUUGGUAAGAGAAUAUUGUGAAAACGAUCGUGUUCGAGUUUCAUCAUAAAUGAUUCAUGGAAAUCAUCUAAAUCAUCCACGGAUAGGAUCAUUUGUUCCAGUAGUCUCUCCUUCAGUCUGUAUCUUGCCUCGUUUUUGCUUAUGUUCCGAUAAACCCUUACGUCUUUUUCGUCGCGUGACAUGAUGUGGAUCAAACUGCCAACAAUUGGUGAUUCCCUGAUCUUUUAAGACAUUGCUAAGGACGCGUUGCGUAUCGGGACUGGUGGGAUGAAAAUCCAAUAAGAGAUAAGCAUGGGGUUGUUCUGUGACUUUUUGAAACGUAUCCAAUACAGUGGACCAAUUGGUCGGAAAGGCUUGCAUCAAUAAAUUUCGAAUGCCCACUUGAUCCCUUGGGUUUUUGAAAGCCCAGACAUAAUGGACAUUUCUGGAGAUGGUUUUGGAGUACUUUCCAAUGGGGAAAAUAUCCUGUAGAAGAUAAAUGACGCUAACAUUUUUGUGAUGAGAAUAUUUGGUGAAAAUAUCCAAGAUAUUUUUAUCGUUUCCGCAUUCAUCCAUGAGAUCGUCCAAGAUUAGAAUACCCCCUUUAGGGAACCAAGAUGAAAUGUGUUGUUCUUGGGGUACACCUUGAUGAAAACGUAUGCCAUGUUUUUUCAUGCGAUCGUAGGCAGGUUGCCAUGCUCCAUAACAAUAAUGAAUAGCAUGGGGUUUGUCCUUGAAGAGGUCUAGGUUGUGGCAUAACAGAUUUUCGAUUAAGUUGGUUUUUCCGCAUCCAGAUGGUCCCACUACCAUGUGUCCCGCGGGGGUAUAGAGUUGAUAAUUUUUGGGUAGAACAAACAUGAUGUAAAAAAAGAAUACAGACAGGAGAAGGUUUAACAAGUCCUUUUAUUGACAAGAAGUACACGUUUGUGAAAUGGGACGAUGACUUGCUUCGCGCCAUGUUUUUGGAUUAGUGAUAAGUUUUUUUAACAUUUCACCCACUUCAUGAUCAUUGGCAACAUAAUCUUUUUCUGAAAAGUAGGUUAAAAAAUCUUGCAUGGAAUAGCCUUUGGCUUUGGCUUUUAAAUAAAAUAAACAAUAAUGUCCGCAUGCUUUGCUUGUAAGACUUUGUAAAGCUCGUCCGUUGGAAACAAUGUAUUUCCAUUUUUUGGUCCAUCUCUCGAGUGGUUUGGCUUGAUAGUAUUGCAAUGGUAGACCAUAACUGUCCAUGAUUUCGCAGAUUCCUUGAUCUGUCCAAAAGGCUAUCCAAUGGCGUCCAGGUUUAUCGUGAGGAUCAGUGUUGACGAUGUAAGCGGAUGUUCGUUUGGAAGGAGAAAUGGGUAAUUGAUCCGAAGCGAAGACUCCUUGAAAAUACGAUUUGAGUACAGGAUCUUGUUGAGCCAAAUACGUUAAUUGUUGAUCACUGAGUGCUACUUCUUCCAUGAUUACUGGUAGAUGUUGUACUCUACGUCAUUCAUGCUAUCAAUGGUCACCAGAUUUUCAAAUUCACCAUAGACCAGCACUGUACUGACAAAGCCAGGAGCUGAAUGUGCUUCGAUUUCAAUCCGUACGUUGCCCUUUUUAUUGGGAUUCAUCAUACCUGUGUCCGCAUUACCACUGCCUACAUUGUUCCACAUGAACAAAUUGCAGUUUCUAUCUUCACCCCAGUCCUCCUCUCUCAACAUGUUUGGCUGACUCUUGAUCAAUGCUCCACUGGCUUGUAGGAAUCGGUAAUAACCGUCAUAGUCAUACCGAUCAUCACGAGUCAGUUCGAGCGUGUCAUUGUAGGGGUAUUCUUCUCCUUGAACAAGCUGUCUGAUGUACUUGAUCUUGGCCUUGAGAAAUGAGAAGGGGUAGUAAUCCUUGGUUCCGUUGAAGGAUCUGCUAUCCACAAUGCCUACGAUCACCCUCUGUGGGACUUUUCCAUUGAAGAUAUCUUCUUCCUCAAACCUUAGCUGGUUAUCUGAGUUCCAGAUAAAGGUUCUCAGUUCACUUCGUACCACAGGGUACACUGCUUUUUGGGCAUUGUUUUGUGUUUUUAGCAUGAGAUCAUUGUAGAUAGAAUCAUUGAGCUUUAGUCGAGCCAGAUGAAACCUCAUGUCAAUAUCGCUCUCGGUGAAACGUAGUUUCUUGGUGUUAGUACCUGCUACCAUGCUCCAGAAUUUAGGAUCAUGAAAAUGAAAUUCAAACUGCAUUUGUACUCCAGGUUUCAACACAUAAGGAAACCAAAAAGGUUCCACAUGGGGCCUCAUUUUCAGACGGAGCUCUAGUAACGAAUCAUUAGUAUCAUUGAAGUACCUGCCAGAUUCUGCCUUGAUCAGGUUAUAAGCUGCUUUUUGAUUGCUACUCCAACCACUGAUUUUAAUGUCAGUGUUGGAUGAGCUUGUUUCUUCCCAUUCUUUGGGUACAUCCAACGCAUUGACCCAUCCUUGUGGACGUAGGAUGGUUUUACCAUCUUCUCUGUCGUAGUUCAAGAUGGUUUCAAUCAUGGCUUUGUAGGGAUAUGUGUCUGUGUGUGGAUUGAUCAGAGUGCCAUUGAGUCGUACUCCAACUUGUUUGAUCAUACUGUGAGGCAGGUUGUUGACCAAGAAGAGAUCAUCCGCUGUUUUGAUUGGUUUACCGUCGGUUUUGGCGAGUUUCAGUUUCAUGGUGAAGUAACUCCUGGAGAGAUCUACAAAUUCUUGCAUGGCUGGAAGAUCAAACUGAAUAGGGGUGAUACUUUUGCCCACUGGGCUAAAGGUGGAAAAUCGACAAUCAUUGAUACUGAUGUCUGUUCGGGGAACUUUGAAAAUGUUCAAAACGGGGUUGACCCCCUCUCUGGAGUAAGCGUGAGCUUUGUAGAUGUCAGUGUUCAUCGUGUUCUGCGUGAUUUUCGUCGUUUUGCAAGUCUUCUUAUAUAGUAAUCUGGCAAACCUCGCGUCAAGGGAUUAAAUUCCCCUCUAGGACCAAAGAUGGUUCCACCCACGCGUCUGCGUCGAACAGAGAUGACACCUCCUCCUCUUUGUCCAUAACGUUUUAAGGCGCGUAGUAUUUUAGGUCGAUUGUAUGGGGGGCUCCAUUGUCUGACCAUUAUGCAAAAAUAUCGCGAAUGAUGCGUUUCUUUUUUUUGAUGGGAAGACGAUUGGUUAAAGAAGCUGCUUUUCGUUUCAAGUUUGCUGCUUUUCGUUUCAAGUUUGCUGGAAGUUGUUUCAGCUCAGCUGGAAGUGAUUGAAUCACGCGUACGGUAUCGAGUCCUUUUAUGGAUAAUCCACCCGUUUGAUUAGCAGGGCGUCCACUUCCUGUGGAACGUUGGCCUCGGUUUGGAUCGUAUCGCGUCAAACUUCCUCCUAUCAUAGUGUGUCCUUUUUUUUUCUUGGUAUGAGAGAGGGUUUGCCUUUUUAUUCUCUUUUGAAGUGUAAGACCAAGGUGGUCACUCCUUGUCCGAAAUCCAAGAGGGUAUUAUCGGUUUCGGUGAUUUGUACUUCUAGGAUCUCCAUAUCUGAACUGAGUACAUCGUGAUAUUGGAUCAUAUGGGGUUCAAAGUGAAAAUGAUCGUUUUGACCUUGGCGAGGAUCAUAAUCGACUUCUCGCAACAAGGACACGACUUGAUCCCCCACGAUGGUGCUUGCCCCCACGUUGGAGUAGACGUAAAGUGUUCGUUUGUGCCGUUUGGUGACUUUAUCAAAAAUGCGAUUUAAAUGGGUAAAUCGCCAUUGAGCUGUUCUACUCAGUUGAACAGCUAGUUCAGAUGGUAUCUCUUUAAACAAGACAUUACCAGUUAAUUCCGUUGUAUCUUUUCUUGUAUUGUCUCUCAAAUGAGGAAUGAGGUGAUGAUUGAGAAAUCGGGUAAUAUCUCCAUCUUUGUCAUAAGUAGUCCACAUCAUCAAUUUGGCGAGACGACUAUCGACUUUAAUGAUGGGAGAACCUGAUGACUCAUUUCCAUCUUGUCCCAGAUGUAAUUGGUAAUCAUCUCCACGAGGACUGAAUUUGAAUGGUGCCCAAUCUUCAGGUUCCACUCUGUAACCAGCAUCGAGUUCUCCAUAUCGUCGUUCUUCGAGGAUAUGACUCAUCAUUGUAAAAAAAUCAACUCCACUUUUAAAAGAAUGCGAAUGGACUUUCAUAUCACCCAGGGUAACGAAAGCUCGUUUCAUCUUGUAGUUACUUCCAUGUUUACCUGUUUUAUUUGUAAUGGACAUGAGCCAGCUGCUAUUGGUGAUUCCUUCCUUUUCCAUUUCGUGUAAAAAACACACGUUGGGGAUCGUAAUACUGGCCAGACCCACUUUCCAUCCAGAUCCUUCCAAUGCGAGUCGAUUGGGUAAACGCACCUUGAAACUUCCGGGCGUAUUCCCUUCAAAGGAUGGACGAGGAAAACUGGGUAGAGUGAUGAAGAAACUCAUGUUGCUCGUUUAAAAUGAAGGGUGAUAGUGGUUUGUGCGCCGCGUAAUUGAAGUUCUUCACCCAAAAUAUUACAUAGUUCAAUCUCAAUGUUUUCGAUCACGGGUAGACGGACGGGAAUGUAACGAAUGGUGUUGGGUUCAAUCCGAUACGUACCACUUUGUUGUCUUUUAUGAAUAACUUCCGCCAGUACGUUUACUAGUGUGUCGUUGAAGAUACUGCUUUGGAUUAAAUUGGAUCGAAUCUGAACGUAUUGAGAACCAUGUUGCGACGGAUCCGUGUGAAUGGUAAAGGUCCAAUUGGCAGCGAUGCUUAAAUACAUUUUAUUGUUAUGCGCAAUUCCCCAAUAAGAAUCUCUUGGACGUGAUCCCCAACCUUUGUCAAUCCAUUCACUGUGAAGGUCCCAAGCAUAUCGAUCGUUUCCAUCUGCGUUUUUUAAAUACGUAGGAGUAAGAUUGGGUCCAAGCGAGUAGAUAUGUUGAUCUCCAUCUAUUUUGUCCGUGAGCCAUCCCAUUUUGAUGGCCAAUAUUUUGCUUAUGUAGAGAUGAGGUGAAAACGAUCCUAGAUUGGUGUGGGUAUUGUCCAAGAAUAAGUUACCAUUGCUCAACCAAUCAAAUUUGAAGGAAGUACGAGUCAAGCUUGGAUACUGUGAAUUAGACCUGGAAAAUAUGGAGUUGCUGUCUUUUUUCUGUGACAAUAGGGAGUGGGUGUAACCAGUGAUGAUAGCAUGGAGCAAUUCGGUGCUCGUCUUUGCUCGCCCUAUUAGAGAUUUGGUAAAAUCAAAUGUUCGUGUAAAUUCUUGACCCACUGCCUGCCCCGAUGGAGUAUUGAAUUCAUUCCAGACGAAGUGGAUGAGAGGUGUAUUACUUGGAAUACCAUCCAAACUUUGUUCCAAAUGACUUGCAUCGGGUAGAAAUAAAGAUGCCAUACCAACCAUCCAUGGACCAUCCUUGAGUUCAAUGGUAUUGGCAAUUCUUUUUUGAAAAUGAGUAAUGGUAUUGCGUGGAAAUUCAUUGUCGGGUUUGCUAGUGAGAGUGACGUAAAAGGAAUCCAUCUGUCUUAGGGUUCUAUCUGGACCAAUCUACCUCCUCGUUGUAAGAAUGCUUUGGUGAUCUUUUUUUUAGCACCAGGAACCCUACUGGCGACGCUUCUGAAACUGGAGACGUUGGGAAAGACAAUGACGGGUGUUUUGGCAUCUGGAACGGCCUUGAUGAGUGAUUUUAUACUCCUAGAUACUGCGCUUUUUCUUCUUCGUCUGCUUUUGUUGAUGGUGGGUUUUCGAAUAUCUUGCAACCUCACUUGAGGCUGCAUGAGUUUAAUACCUUUUUUCUUUCGCUGUACCAUGAUUUAUUUACUCUGGGCUUGUAACAAUAAAGUGGAUUGUUUGUCGCGUAAGACCUUUAUAUCUUUUUUACUCAUCCAAGUAUCGUAUUUCGAGGGCCAACCCUUCCAUCGCACCAACACUUGAUUCUUUUGACGUUUGACCACUUUAUCGAUGCGAAACACGUGAUCAUCAGGAAUGGUGACUUUUUGAAGAUCUUCAUUGUAAAAAGUACCGCGAAUGACGGUUCCGUCCCAUUCUUUGAUGCGAUAAGUGGGUACAGGGGUCUUGUUGACUAGAUCCACUAAAAAGACUUCUUCAGUCCAUCCUGGCAAGUAUCCUUUUUUAAACACUCGAUGUUUUUUAUUCAAUCGAACUCUAUCUCCACGUUGAAAUUGUGGUCGAAUCGAUCGAAUGGUUUUACCGUACAAACGAUUCCAUACUGUUUUUUCAUUGGCAAAUGUCACAUCUUUAGGGGCCAUCCCAAUACUUCGAUGUUUACUUCGAUUGUAACCACGGACAAUGGCUUGUAAGACAUUUUCGUAGCGUAAGGUAUUGGCGGAGGUGAGAUAACGAUAAAUCCGUUCUUUGAUGGUCCGAUUGACUCGUUCAGCCAUGGCUGCUUUAUCGUCUCCAUACGUGGAAAAGAGAUGAAUUUUUUCCCCCUUGAGAAAUGUGUCGAAGGUUUUGUUGUAGAAUUCUUUCCCUUGAUCCGUUUGCAGUUGAAUGGGUUUUCGUCCUUUGGCCAAGAUGGUUUGAAAAGCUCGAACCAAUUCGGUGCCUGUCUUAUUUUUCAAAGGAACCACCCAGAGAAAUUUCGAUAAGGCAUCCACCACUGUCAAUAGGUACUUGUACCCCUUGUUAUUUCGACUCAACGAUUGUACAUCAAUGAGAUCCGCUACCCAUUGAUGAUCUAUACCAUACACCAUCACUCGAGCUUUGGGAAAUCGUUUUCGUCUUGGGCGAUGGAGGGUAUAACUCAAAUCUUUGGAUAAGAUUUGUUUGGCUUCUUGAACAGGAAUCCCUUGCGCUUUGGCAAAUCGUGCCACACCCCCCAGACUUCCAUCGACAUGGGGAUUAUUGUACAAACUCACCAAAUCUUUUUUACUCAUUCUAUCCAAUGACUCAACAACUCUAACCACGAAGGAACUUGAGAUCGAAAUUGAUCUUCAAUGCAAAAAUACCACUCGGCUGCCAACGGGAACUGUUUUAACCACACGACAUACGUGACAAAUCUCCCCCAAUCCCCAUGAACAUGCGUCUCUUUAAAGGUUUCCACGGGAUUACCCCAUUCUUGCAAAACAGGCUGCUGGGAAUAUUUUAAAAAUACACGAGCGCAAAGAAAACGAAUCAAACGCCAACGCAAAUAAGACCUCAUUUUUUUUUCUUUUUUUAAAAAAUAACUUUUAAUGACAACUCACUAUAUACACUUUUUUUUGGGGGUCUCAUGCAAAACUAGCUCUAAGUUCAUUCCACAAAAAGAUGGGUCUAAAAAUAUGAUGCUUACGCGUAUAGUCAUUGUCUUCAUCAUAAUAACGAGUCAAUACCUUACUAUCGAUGAUUGCAUGAGAUAUGUGAUAACCGGUUAAUAAUCUAUCUGUUAUAUAGGUGUAUUUUCUUGGACGAUAUAUACUUUCCACCAGAUAACCAAAUACAAAUAUUUUGUAACGAGGAAGAUCUUUUCUCGGAAACAUAUCUUGGUGACUAUAUGCCACGCGAUAGAGUUUUCGUCUCGCAGUCAGAUGACAAUGAUGGCAUACAAUAUCAUUGGCCCCCGAAAAGAUAGAAUCAAUUGGAAGAUCAAUAGUACGAUUCAUGAAACACAGUUCCUUUCUACAAUCCCAACAGAGAUUUUUUUUCCAUAGUCAAAGGGAAACAAUUGUUCAUGCAAAGCUUUCCAUCCCAUCUCAUUUCUGGCAUGCACCAUAGCUGGCCAAUAAAUGCGUUCUUGAAUAAAAUAGGGUAAAGAACCCCAAGGUAAUGUCUCAUCAAAAAUGGACUCCAUGCUCAAAGGCAGUCAACGAGUUGGAUGGUACUGCUCUUGUAUAGUAGACAAAUGGAUCUCUGCGUGGUCCGCCGCCGCCGCCGCCGCCACCGUCUUCGCGCGCGCCGCCGUCUUCGCGUGGAACCCCCCAGCCGCUGCUGCUGUUAUCUGUUUUCGCCAGGUUUUUUCGUUUUUCCUCCAUGUCUGCUUUCAAGUUGGUAAAGUACUGCUGAAAGGCCAUCUUUUUGCAAGCUUCUUUGUGUUCUUGCGCUUUUCUUUUGGCUUCUUCUCGACUCGCUGGCACGGGUAACUUGUUGAAUUCAAAUCGCAUUUCAUCUUGCCAGGCUGCAUUCUUGUUGCUAAAGGGUAGAUCAAACCACUGGAAGUAAGGACAUUUCAACUCUUUGCACCAAUUGUUGCAGCUCAAGUACAAACGAUUGGGAUUGGCUUCAGAUUGACUCAGUUUCAGGAUAGGAGUGAAAUGACAAAAACACUUCAGAAUGUCCCAACAUUCAAUCACAUCUUGACUGGGUGGUGUGUAAUGCAAUGCUCGUAGAUAAGCAUCGAUGUUACUGGCAAAUAGAAACACGGGGCAAUCCAGUUCUGGGCAAAACAAUACUUCUUGUUUUUCAAUCUCAUCGGGUGGUUUCCUACGAGUGAGAGGUUUCAAGUGGAAAGGACAUGUUAACAAAUCCACUACUUCUAAAGGAGCUCGAGGUGGACUCCGACUUUGAGGUCCAGGCGGACUUCCAACUUGAGGGAUCAUAUCCACUUCAGCUAACAAGGACUGAAUGGCUUGAUCUUUUUCGUGCUCUGAUUUUUCUUCGACCCACUGUCCAUCUUUCAUCACAUAAUUUUUCUCCACCACGAUAGGUUCAGGUGUUUCUUUGAGAGAAUCGGUCUUCAAAACAGGAGAAUCUGUUUCCCAUUUGGGUUUUUUCUUCUUUUUUUCUUUGGAAGGAUCUUUCUUAGUAUAUUUUCGUUUCACGGGUGGAGCCUCAUCAGUGGUGGGUGAUUGCAUGAUGCAACUGAUGAAAAUGAGGAGUUGCUCCGAGACUAUAUAAGUAGCGAGCUCAUACUCAAGAACCAAUCAAUUGUUUCAAGUCGUCAGCAGUACAACUUGUUUAUCCUGUUUAACUUGUUUAUCUUGUUUUUAAACCUGUUUAACAUGUUUCAGAGAACAAGUAUAUUAGCAGUGAUCCUCAGCCAUUUCUUCAUUUUAACCAUGGCCAACAAUUCUACUUCUCCUCUAGAUCCUUCAAGAACCUGGCAACAUUACAGAAAUUUUCUGGAAAAAAAAGGCGAGUUUGAAGAGAAGACAGAAGAACCGAUGGAAAUACCAGAAGGGGAAAAAUACACCAUUGUGACCGGUGGAGCCCAAGGAGCCGAUACCUAUGCUGAACGAUUGGCCUUAGCGUAUGAAUGUAAAGUUGAGAUUAUGAUAGGACCUAAUCAUCCUAGAGCUAAUUGUAUCAGCCCCAUUGUACCUGUCUACGCGGAUCUUUUGAAUGCUCAACGAGCUGCUAGACAAGCCCAGAAAGUCUUGAAAAGGAAUGUUGAAGUAGGAAAAGGGGGCUAUUUUGAUGAAUUGUUAAUUCGUAACUAUUUUAUCGCCAAAGACUCUUAUGCCUUGUAUGCUUUUGGAUACUUGGAAUUCAACAAAACCAGAGUGGAAGGAGGAACGGGUUGGACCGUUCAAAUAGCAGUGGAUAUGGGUAAAAAAAUCUACUUGUUUGACUUGAACGAAAACAAGUGGUACGAGUUUAUUUACUUUCAUCUGGAAAAAGGAUCUUAUGAGAAGAUUUUUCAGUUUCGACCCUUGAAAAGUGAUUGCAAACUCACUCUAAACCAUAAAGCAGGCAUUGUUGGAUCACGAAAUUUCACCGAAACUGGUAAAAAAGAAAUGAGAACACUCUUUCAACGUACCUUCUUAAGAUGAAUAAACCCAAGAAGAAAGUUCAUUUCUGUUCACAAGUGAAAGUGUAUCAACCGGUUUUAAUGGGGCAAGCAUACCUGUUAAAAAAACAGGUUUUAAACGAUGAACAAGAACCCACCAAUCGGGUGCUUUCUUUUUUUCAACAAAAACGUAUAAAACUUCGACAACGUUUGCAUCAACGGCAUUUACUUCGAAAAAAACGACGCGCUGAACGAGCCAAACUCCAUGAAAGACUAUUACAAGAAUCUUCGUCAACAUGAUUUCCCUUCAUGGGAUGAUUAUAUGUUAACAAGAAUCAAACGAGGAUUGGAAGAAGGUUAUACGUUUCAAGAGUGUUAUGAACAUUGGUUAGAAGAUUUUUCCAACACAUUGCAUCAACUGAGUGACGAAUUCCAUGGACAAACUACUAACACAACAUCCGAUUCAUAAGUACUCCAAUUACCGACAUUUUAUUCGUGAUUUAAUUCAAAAUGGUAUUUCGAAUCAAGGAUAUACCUUUGAACAGUUAAAUUACGAAUUGUAUCGACUGAACAGUGAAAUCUAUCAAGAAUACACCAAGGAACUGUUUGUAAAUAAUCAUGUAUAUACUUCAAGAUAAAAACAUUCAAGAUAAACUCUCGACCACUGGUUGGGCAAGAGAUUGGGUAUGGAGUGUCGCUUAUGUCAUGGUUCAAAAAUUUGGAACUACUCCCACUAUACAAUUAAUUCCUCCCAGUGUAGAAGCAUGGAGUCCACAAUGGUAUACUUAUCGAGGAAAUUUAACAGAUACAUUGACUGAUCUUUUACCCAAACUUACUUUUCAUGAAAUCGAAGAAGAAUGGCAAUGGAAAAUGGUUGAAAAUCAUCAUGAAAGUCCACAAGAAUGGGGAAACAACAUGGAUUUUUGUUGGAGAUUCAUGCGACCCAAAGACUCUAUCAUUGAAACUUUAUUGUGUUUAUUUUCUUUUAAUCUUAACAAAUAUGGUACUUAUGAUUACGAAUAUUUGGGUUUCUCGCAUCAGGACAUUGAUCAACUGUUCCAUUGGCAACGACAAAUUCAAUAAAGAUUUUUUUUAACAAAGUUUAUUGUGUCUUAAAUGUUACAAGCGGGAACGUAUGCAUGUCCUACUGACUUGCGUCCCUUUUUUCAAGCAGCAUAAUAAUGCAAAUCAUUCACAUCAUCUGUUAAUAACAUAUACAACUUAAUUACAUCGUAUUCGUAAUAAUACAAAAGUUCACGAGUGACACAAAAUGUUAACUUUCGAGGUUGACUAUUAAAGGAUAAAUCAUACGCGCGCAAAUUAAUACAUCCAUCUCUUAUUUCCUCCUCGGUAUGAUCUUCUAUCACAAAAAUUAAAUCUGCAAUUGUUAACAUAUUUGCUGAACGAAGUAAACAUCUUAACAUUUGCCCCAUUAAAAACAUUAUUUUUAAAAUGUCUAAAUCAUUGGCGAAAUGAUAAGUGUUUAAAUUUGGAUUCAGCUCAACAGUUAUCCAAAUAAACACCUCUGACAUGGGAAAUCCAUCCAUUCCAAUUUCACCCCAUUCGUUCACAAGCCAAUCAACAUGACGAUGCAAUUGUCGCUUCACGAGCGGGAAGUGAAAAAGCUACAAUAACAAAUUAAAAAAUCAUUACUAGUGACAUGCAUAAUAGAACGUGUGUCGAUUACUUGAAAAUUGCUCAAUGGAUCCCCCAUGUGUCCAACAUGAAAGGCAUUAUCGUGAAAUUCUCUGUACUUAAAUUCAAAUCGAGCCAUUCCCCGUACAAAUAAACACCGCUCCAACCUUUCAGCCGUGUGCGAACGUAAUGUCAAGGUUAAUGUCAAAGGCAUAACAGAAACAUCUUCAAAUAAAAUAUUUCUUAAUAAAUCGCGUGAACCUGCAUCCAAGACAUUCAUCAACACUCUUAAUACAUGCCCCAAUGCAUGUACCACUUGACGCAUGGUUUCAUAGGAUAAAUAUGGAUAAUCAUCGUGUAAGAUAUGAAUCUCGCCUAGACUUUGUUCAAUUUGGUGCAUAUCUCUCGCUUCUACUUCCUCCAUAAAUAAUAACACUUGUUCCUUUAAUUGAUCCACACCAAACAACUAUAAAAAAGAAACCAAAUCAGCGGCACUUAUAAAAACGCUAUAAUCUUCUAUGAUAAAAUCACGUUCUACAUCACGAUCAUGGGAAUAGUACACAUGAAUUUGAGCAAAUUCAGGUCCUAAUACAUAAUUAAAAAUACGCCUUAAAUUAUCUUCGAUCAUAUUUACAACUUCCGUUAUAUAAUUCCUCACUGUCAUAGUGAUCGACACAUCAAUUGGAGGAAAUUGUGGUCCAUAGAAUCGACAUGUGUGAAUAACACUUUCUAAAAUACGUCUCACUUCUACAUCUUCAAAUGGUCGAUUGAUCUAAGAGAAAAAAAACAAGACUACUGUAUAUAGAGUAUUGGACAUACAAUCUUUUUUUUCACCACUCCCGAGAUAACAAAAGAAAUCGUUUCGAUGUACUCGAAUCGUUCACUCAUGUAACAAUCCGCGUAAAACACAUACAUGCUUCUUGGUAACACUCGAUCUAUAAUACUAUACCAACAAUCUCGUAUAAUAUCUUCCUCUAUGAUGGGUGUUUUUAAUUUUAAUGAAACAACGAGUCGAGAAGGUAAAAUAUUAAAGUCAACUCGACGUUCCAGAGGAAAAUUCAUCACUUCAUAAAUUGCUUUGUAUAAAUCCACCACAUUCCAAUAACCACGAACUUGCAUAGGUAACAACUAGAAAAAAAACAUUUUUUUCAACACAUUGAUAAUGCAAACCACACAGUUGGACUACUGAAUUGGGAUGAAGUAAACUUCAUAAUUACUAAUAUACGAAUAAUAUAAUCCGAUGAAUAAGCAUUCGAAGGAACCACUUCAGCAUCACGACAUUCAAUACCACAUGCCCUCAUCUUAUCUUGCCACGCAUUUCCAAAUUGUUGUAAUGAGUUAGUUCGAGGAGCAUCAAAAAACAUCAUUAAAGGACGUAUAGUUAAUUGUGCACGAAACCCCCAUUGUCGUUCCAUUUGCCAUCGACUAGUUGCUACUAAUGCUUUAUACAUAUCAAUCAUUUUCAAUACAUCAUCUGGAUAAUGAAACCAAGUACCACUCUCCUAAGAAAAACAACAAAUAAAUUCAACUCUUUGACAUAGGAUUGUAUAACGAAGCACUAAAGGAGCCACGCGUGUAUAGCUAUCCCAAUUACUCGGUGUAAUAGGAUUCACAAACAUUAACAUUAAACAUCGAAAUUCACUAUGUCUUAGUGAACGAUAAAUAGGAUAAAACACCGUCGAGAUCAUAUCAAAAUGAUGAUCUUGAAGCCAUAAUGGUCUCGUCUUUGGAAACAAUGUGAUACAAAUAGUACGCUCUUGCUGCAUAUAGGCAUCAGCUACCACUUGAGUGAUAUCAUACAAUAAAUCAUCCAAUGAUUCAACACGAAUCCAUCGUUCCUAACAGCAAACAAAAAAAAACAGUUCAUUCCCCUUCUUCAUCAGCUGAAUUAUAGGGAACCAAUACUAAUCCAUUCAAAUCAACUGAAUCAAACGACCAUUCAUCAUCACUCUCGUACUGCGUCACCUAAAAGAACCAAAAGUGACCAUUCACUACAACACUCGCCAUACCGUUGACUACAACCACUGUUUAAUCUACAAUAAAAAAAACAAAUCAAAAUGACUAACCCGUUCUAUUUCUUGACGUAAAUUGACAUUGGAUAGUAAGCGGUCCAAACGUUCAAUCACUUCAUCCCUACUAAAGUUACCAGGCACAGGAGGUAUUGGAUCUACGUCAUGAACAUCAUCCACAGGUACAUUAGUGACUUCUCGACAAAACGGGCAACUAUUAUGGCCACGUUGAUACCAACCCUCUAAACAGCGUUUAUGGCAAUAUUGGUGGCAACACGUUAACUGAGUAGCGCGUAAGUCACAGGCUUCUCCUUCAACCAAACAGAUACAUCGAAAUCUGGUGUCAACAAUUUCUGGUCUAUCUCCAUUCAAUCGACGACUCUUUCUGGGACUGGCCAUGAUUUCACGCAAUGAGUCCCAUCCCAAGACUCUUGUUUUAAAUCAGUCCAUUCAAUCCCAUCAUACCCUCUUUUUUCAAAAAAACCUUAGAUGAGGGGGUAUGGGGGGGGAUACCCCCUCGUUUCAGAUUUAAAAAAAUCCAAGAUGGCGCCGAUUUUUACCUCUAUAUAAUUCGAGGCAACUCAUCGACCCAUCACAAUUUUCUCACCAUGAUGGACGAUACUCAAGGAGAUCAAGAUUGCAACCAAGCCUUGAAUCAAUCAGAAGAAGAAGCUAUUAAUGCUUUUCAGUUUGAGUUAAUACCGUACACGGAUAGACGUUGUACUAAAUUUGGUAUUCAUCGGCGUACCUUCACCACUCGAUUGCAACAACAUGGAGGUAAUCUUGCCCAGUUACUACCCAAUCAUGUCUUGCCAAACUUGAUUGAACAUACGUUGGAUAUGGCGAUUGAACAACAAAUUUUAAGUGAUCCAACUGCCAACAAUGAGGAUUGGAUCAUGAUUAACAUGUCUUCAAACCGUUUACAGAGUGCCUAUCAAUCGCAUCGAGUGAGUAUUGCCGAUUGGCUCUUAGAUGGAACAGGCAGCAGAGCCAUGUUGGAAAAAAUGAGUCAAGUUCUCAACUCCAAUGAAACAUUUCAAAUGGAUGACACUUUUCACAUUGAAAUUACUCAUGUUCGUAAUCCUGGUGUGGGCAGAGGUCGAAAUCAGAACAAACCUGGUCUUACCCCCGUGGAUCAACUAUUGAGACGUAAAAAGAAUGUGAUUCGUAUCAACAAUUACGAUGAUCUCUGUUGUGCCCGAGCUAUCGUGACAGCCAAAGCCCAUCAAGAUUAUGGCUCGGGUCAUUGGAUUACUCGCAGUUGUAAACGUGGUUUUCCCUUGCAAGAACAAUAUGCUAGAGAACUCCAUAACCAAGCAGGGGUUCCAUUGGGUGCCUGUGGAUUGGGGGAAAUUCAACUUUUUCAAAACAGUCUUCCAGAGUAUCAAUUGAUUGUCAUUGAUGCUGAAAUGGGUUAUCAACUCAUUUUCAAAGGUCCAUCUAAAGCCAAGGAAAAACAAUUGGUACUGAUUAAACACAAGGACCAUUAUCAUACUUGCACUUCCCUGACUGGCUUUUUUGGAACAACGUAUUAUUGCACUGAAUGUGAAAAAUCAUUUGCAGUGGAUGACAGUCAACACCAUCGAUGUAAAGGAAAACGAUGUUAUGCCUGUCAACAACCCAAUUGCAUGGAUUUUCAAGACAUGCAAGCCACACUCUUUUGCCGCGACUGUUGUCGCUCCUUCUUUACUCGACAAUGUUAUCAAAAUCAUUUAUUUUUCACUACUUCAGGUCGAAAAGCAAGUGGCAAUAGUGUGUGUGAAGUGAAAAAACGAUGCCCUGGUUGUAAUAAAGUGGAAAGUGGGAAACAACAGAUUCGUGAACAUCAAUGCGGUCAUAGCAAGUGCCCUUCGUGUCACAAAUACGUCGACAUUAACACUCACAAAUGUUACAUUCAACCCAUCGUACCAGAAAGUAACGCCAGAAAACGCAAGAGGGAUGAACGCGUUCCACCACCCUUAUUUGUUUAUUUUGACAUUGAAGCCAUGCAAGAUACUGGUAUUCAUGUCGCCAAUUUGGUAUGCGCAGAAACCAAUGAAGACGAUACCUCGUAUGUGUUCAGUGGAGCCACUUGCAUUGAACAAUUUUUGGCAUGGUUACUAACACUGACUCAAACGGAUGAUGUGGAAUAUCUACGUCAUGUCAUUGCUAUUGCGCACAAUUUUCAAGGCUAUGACAGUUAUUUUAUUUUGGAAGAACUUUACAAACAAUGCGUUUGUCCCAAGCAAGUUGUCAAUGGAGCCAAGAUAUUAAGCAUGUCAUUGGAUCACAUUAAAUUCAUUGACAGUAUGGCUUUUUUACAAAUGUCCCUGGCUAGUUUCACCAAAGCAUUUGGUCUACAGGAACUGAAAAAGGGAUUUUUCCCUCAUUUUUUCAAUCGAGCUGAACAUCAACACUAUGUGGGACCCAUGCCAGCUAAAGAUUAUUAUGAUCCCAAAAGCAUGAAACCAGAAAGGAAACAAGAAUUUGACACUUGGUAUCAAUCAAAAUUGGAUGAGGGAGCCACAUUUCAUUUCCAACAAGAACUGAUUGCUUAUUGUCAAUCCGAUGUUCAAUUGCUUAAACAAGGAUGUAUGAAAUUUCAGCAGGAAUUUCAAACAUUGACCAAUUUUAACCCUAUGGAACAGUGCAUUACCAUUGCAUCAGCAUGCAACCGAUUUUUUCGAACCAAUUGUAUUCUACCGGGAACAUUGGCCUGUGAACCAGUAUUGGGAUGGUAUGGUUCAGCCAAACCGCAUUCUAUGGUCGCUUUAGAAUGGUUAAACUGGAUAGAACAUUCUCAAAACAAACGUCUUCUUCACGCGGGCAAUCAAGGGGAAUGUCAAGUUCAGAUAGGCCUGAACAAAACGUACGUGGAUGGUUAUGACCCCAACACAAACACAAUCUAUGAAUUUAACGGUUGUUUUUUUCAUGGUUGUCCCACUUGUUUUAACAAUCGAGAUCAAACGCAUGCCAAAUUGAAUAACAAGACCAUGGCAGAAGUGUAUCAAUCAACCAUGCAACGAAUUGCCCACCUUCAGCAUUCGGGGUAUAAUGUAACUGUGAUGUGGGAAUGUGCAUGGAAACGAAUAAAAGAACAGGACUUGAACAUUCUACCCUUUUUGAAACAACUCGACCUCACCAAUCGUCUUCGACCAAGAGAUGCCUUUUUUGGUGGUCGUACCAAUGCAGUUCAAUUGUAUUAUCAAGUGCAACCCAAUGAACAAAUCCGCUAUGUGGAUUACACGUCCCUAUAUCCCUUUGUCAACAAAAACUGUCAGUACCCAGUGGGACAUCCUCUCAUCAUUAACAAUCCUUCAUUUUCCAUUGAGGAGUAUUUUGGAUUGGCCCUGUGCAAGAUACUACCACCGCGUGAACUGUACCAUCCGGUAUUACCCUAUCGAUGUAACGGAAAACUCAUGUUUCCAUUAUGUCGCACAUGCGCAGAAACACAAGUCAAGUUCCCCUUGAGUGAACGUGAUUGUCAAUGUUCCCACAAUGAAGAUGAACGUACUCUCACUGGUACAUGGUGUACCCCGGAACUAUUGGAAGCCAAACGGCAAGGUUACACAAUUGUUCAACUCUAUGAAGUAUGGCAUUUUCCCAACACGUCCAAUCUUCUCUUUAAACAAUAUGUGGACACGUUCCUCAAAUUGAAACAGGAAGCCAGUGGUUGGCCAGCGGACGUGGGAGAAGAUCCUGAAAAACGUCAAGAGUACAUCAUGAAUUAUCUCCGACAUGAGAACAUUCAAUUAGAUGCUGAAAAAAUUGAAAAAAAUCCAGGCAAACGUUCCACUGCCAAAAUGAUGUUGAAUAGUUUUUGGGGGAAAUUUGGCGAACAACCCAACAAGAGUCAUGUCCAAGCAUUUACCAGUCCUUCUGAAUUUUACAAGUUACUUCAAAAUGAAGAACAACAAAUCCAUUCCAUCAGGAUUGUCAAUGAACACAUGAUUGAGGUUGUCCACGAUUACAUUGAAGACAGCAUACCCACUCAAGUGAACAUUAACAUUUUCAUUGCUUGUUUUACCACAUGUUGGGCACGCCUUAAAUUGUAUAAAGCGUUGCAUCAUUUACAACAACAAGUCUUAUAUUUUGACACGGAUUCUGUGAUUUACAAAUGGAAACCCAAUGCCCCAGAAUUACCAUUGGGCUCAUACUUGGGACAAUUCACCAAUGAAUUGGACGAUCCAACUGAUUACAUUACAGAAUUUGCAGCCGCUGGCCCCAAAAAUUAUGGCUACAGAACCCUCAAAGGAAAAACAGAAUGUAAAGUACGUGGAUUCAGUUUGAACACCCGCGGACAAGAACAAUUAAACUUUGACAUUUUAAAGAAGAAUAUUAUUGAUGAAGUGACUCUACCACAAGCCGUUGCCAAUAGCAUUCCAGUGUUCAACCCGCAUAAAAUUAUGAGAAAUCCCACCACCAAACAAGUGUCGACAGAAACUCAAGUCAAGCACUAUAAAUUGGUGUUUGAUAAACGAGUGGUGGACUCAUCAAAUUUUCAAUCCUAUCCUUAUGGUUACCAGGACAGUCACAGUCAAGACACGACAACUACAAUCGAGUGCCCAUUAGUAUCAUUACAAUCCAUGGUGGAUAAUAUCACACAAGACAGUGUAAACAUUUAUCAAGGUUUAUUAGAUGGAACAUUCGAUAUUUUCCAAUGAAGAGAGAUCUUUACUUUGAAACAUUUCCAUUCCCUUCAUCCAUCCCCAAUGUUGUUUGCAGCAGUCACUGGAUGGGUCACACGUACGAUGAUGAUGUUGACGACGAUGAUGCAUCAUUUUCAAGCAUUCCAUUUUCUUUUUUGACAUGGUUGGACCUUCUUUGGCAUGAUGGUUACUCGCUUGACGUGGACAUAUCUGAUGCUCAUCCCAACCAUGACCUCCACCUUGUAAUCUUUUGCUGCUUCACCCUCAGACUGAACGUCCCUUGCUGCUGAUUAUGAACAUGCCAUCAAAACCUUUCAGAUUGUGGAAGACUAAAGCUGGUAUCUUUGCACCUGGAAAUGCAACUUGCCAUUACAAGUACCUCUGGAACAGAAAAAAGCAGACACCUCCCUCCUACCUCCUACACUGCCAUGCUGCUACCAGUGUCUUUCCACUGCCUGUUGGUCCACCGAUCCAGUACCAGCUGCACCCUUUGUCCAAAGUUCCUUGCACCUUCCAUACCAGUUACGUCGGUUGGGAACGACCGUGUACUGGGCUUGACAGUUUAGACAAGUUUUGUGGGUUACUUGCGCCAACCAUACCAGAUAAGACGGCUUUUUCCACCUCCUCCUCUUGCUCCUCCACCACUGGUUGAAUAUAGCAUUUGUGGUCUUUGAUCACCAGUUGUUCCGGCGGUACCUUUUCUCCACAAUUCCAUGGUAACCUAUGGCAUUUCCAGGAUGUGACAUCCACCUUCUUCACCUCGAGAAAAAACAUUUACCCCAGAAACUAUUUAACAUUAGCUUCGCUGUUGCUUUUCACCUGGCGAGCAAGAUCAGUCACCACACCUGUUUGCCUUUCCUGUUUCCUUUUCAUAACCAACGUGAAUUUCAAUACAUUUGCCUUGGAAAAUGGAACUCAUAUAUUGCGUUGGUUACCAACUCUGAUCCUUUGUUCCAAAGCACCAAUUAGUUCUAACACGAUCCGCGUAAAGUCCUUCCCAUAGUACGUGGUCCAUGUAACAGCCAUAUUGCAGGGAAGUCCAUCCGUAGGAUUCCCACUCCGACCCAAGUAUGUUACAACCAUAGGUUUUCCAGUCACUCCUAAACAUGACAUGGGGCAUCAUCACCUUCCUUCAUCCACUCCAAAGUGAUGGUAUCUUCCUGUUUUCUCGUCCAUGAACUCCAACUUGUUGCCUAAAGGUCUUCAAUCCAGCCUCCCAAGCAUUUCCAGAGGUUCAUACAGGGACACUCGAACCUCGAUUUGAAGCACAUGGUCACCAGGAUGGCACUACCAUGCAACCUCCCCCCUUUUUGUUGGUCUUUCUCCUUUCACCGCAUUUUUCUGGACAAUCCUUUCGGUUGCACGAUUGGCAGGAUCCCCCUUCACAAAGGGACCAAAUAAAGUGGAAUUGAGAACUUUCUUUCACCUUCCAUAAUAUAUUUCUCCAGGAAUGUCGCCCUCUGAACACUACAGUAUAAACAUUUGUGGACAUGUUUUUCCGUGUGUGUAGUCUUUUGGCAGUGUAUUCCAUUUUAGCCUAAUGAAGUGUAUCCAUUAAGCCGCCGUAGUUUACUCGGGUAUCCAUUAAGCCACCAUAGUUUACUCCAUUUUUUUUCGCAUCUUCUUCGACCUCCGCAUCUUCUUCUUCUUCCUACAAAGGAUUUCAUCACCAAAGUGGUCAUGCGAUCUCCUUUGUGCCAUAACACAUCAGUUUAAACUCAAACUGUCCAUACGGCUGUUCCAUAACCUCCCAUCUACUCCCAUCGCUCGUAUGCUCUGUUUAAAAUAGCAUCUUCUACAAUAAUAAAAAAAUGUAAAUAAAAACUAAUUAGUUAGGUUGUUAAAUAAAGUAGAAGGUUGAUAAAAAACAUGCAAUGUGUCACGUGAUUAUUCCUUAGCAACCACCCCUCCCAUGACGUCACGCCCACAUGACGUCACGCCCUAUGACGUCACGCCCUAUGACGUCACGCCCUAUGACGUCAUCAAGUUUGAUUGACAGCUAAUCAAGGUGCAUCAUGGGUAAUUUGUACCAUGCGAUUUGAUAUGACACAAAAAUACUGCUCUCUGAUUGGUCCAUUUGUACCACGUGACCUAAAUACUCGUCGCUGAUUGGCUACUGGCAGAAGUGACUCAUAUUACUACUUGUACUUUACGUAAUAUAUCAAACAUAAGACGCAGUGUUUCAUCACCAGAUGAAACACCGAGAAGAGAGUUGAAAAUACGACGCGCAGCGGAGUAUUUUUGACGAACUUCGAGGUGUUUCAUCUGGUGAUGAAACACUGUGUGGAAUGUUUGAUAUUUCUUCUCAAACAAAAUCAUUUUUGAAGGCGAAAUUAAGGAUGCAAAUACUGAGCAGUUUUUCAUCCGAUUUCCAAACACUCAUUAAACAUUAAUUUUCUUUGUAUUUUCUUUAUGAAUUAUUAAUGAGUUUGAGAACGUUUGAAUCAUGCCGUUUAUAUCUUAAAGUCUAAUCUCUUUUGCUUUAGAUGUAUAUUUCAAAAAUUCUCCGCACAUUUUAUACCGAAAAAUACAACGCAUAGGCAAGCUGAAACGACUCUUCGUCGGUCUAUUAUAAGAAUUCUCACGGUGUAACUCUGUUCUGAUAUCUUUGUUGGAGGUAAGCGCUUUCAAGACCGCGCUACACCCUAUCUUUCCCAAAUUUUUGUUACAGAGAAACUGCAUUUCUUAUAUAAUAAUUUUAUUGCUUAUAAAGAGAUAAUCGAGUUACGUACAAGUCAACUUUGCUUUCGUUGUACACAGGUGCACGCAUGUAUUAAAGCUUCCAGAAUGUAUGGUCAAUUAAUGUUUUAAUUAUAAAUCAAACUAUUCUGAGUAUUUUAAUACUAUUUAGCGCUUGUUAUUAAAUUUUCUUCCUUUUGGCCUUUGAUUCGGUUACAAAGCUGAAAAGGAAACUUUGUUCAUUUGAAUUUUUGCAACAGUAGUUAAUCCUUCAUAUAUUUUAACUCUCUAACUUAACUUUGAUAGUAUUGUUAUUUUGUUCAUAUAAGUCUUAUUUUGCUUUAAUACAUAUAAUGAUAAGCUUAUGUAUAUUCAAAUGGUAUUCCCUGUAUUUCUUGUUUUGCUAACAUUUUCGAUAAUGUUUUAUACUCUAACUUGUUGGUCUGUUCUUGACUAUAUUAAAACAUUGGCAGGCAUUUGUUGAAUUCAUGCUGUGAAUAUCUAUUACAUGCAGCAUCAACAUCACGAUUAGGCCUUCAAGGCUGUGCUCUAAGGAAAAUUGAAGGGAGCCCAGUGCUCUGAAACUGUAAAAUCUAGGGUGCCCAGCAUAUGAUUUGUAUGAAAAAUCUAAGAUUUUCUAGUCGCCUGAGGGCAAAAGUUAGGCGCCAGGGGCCACCGGGCUCUGCUAGAGCACAGCCCUGGGCCUUACAUGUAAUGAUGGAAAUAUAUCAGCUACAUAUCGUACUCGUUGGUUUUGUGGAUCUUUUUGUAAGAAAGUACAUAUUAAGGAUUAUAUAUACCUGUAUAUUUAUCACAUCACUGAAAUGAAAUUGAUUUUUGUUAAAACAGUUUUCUGAGGCUUUGAAUUUCAGAGCUAAGUUAACACUCUAGCAUUCCUAAAUGUAUUAGUAAGAUGAAACUUGUCACUGACUCCAACAUUUUUUUUUUUAUCACAGUUGCUCCGGAAGUAACAAUUGAUGGUGGGGCACAACAGUUUGUGGUGAUGGGAAAUAAAGUACAACUGACUUGUCAUUAUAACACAUCACCUCCAGUAUCAGAAGUGAGUUGGGAAAAAGAUGGAAUUGUGAUAUCCACGAAUGUUUCUGUAAAGAAUGGAUCAAGAGGGGAUAUUACCCAUUUCAAUGACAGCACAGUGCAGUUAACAAUUGUCUCAAGUAUAUCAAGUGAUUCUGGGAAUUAUACCUGUGUUGUUAUAAACAGAAUUGAUAACUCAUCCGCUACUGCAUCAGUUAUAAUACAAGGUUAGUUAGGAUUAUUUAUUUAUUUUCCCUGGCAAAGACAUUUAGCAAACAAAUUCCACAACUAAGAGGAACAAUUUCAAACAAAUAUUCAAGAAAUUUUCCUGUGAAUAGCUCAAACUUGAUCAGUGAUGUAAAAUGAGGUUAAGUAACCUCACUAGUUUAUUGGUAUGUAAUAAUGAUACCACCCAAAUGUUAGGGAUCAAAGUCGCUGCAAUACUCAUCCACAUAUGUUGCAAAAGGCUUGUCAUGUUGCACCCUCCCCAAUGUUAAUUCACGCAUUUUUAACCAUUUGCAAAUAAAUGCGAAUCUCAAUUUUGAGUGAGGAGAGAAGAAAUGCUCAGUGACAACUGCGAGGAUCAUUCUUCAUUUGAUUAAAGUUAGAUAAGUUGGUUGUGACGGAGAGACAUCAGAAAUCAUCUCUUUUAGUCAAUUGUUUCUACGAAAUUUGAUCAGUAUUGUGGUCAUAAAAAUGCUGGUGAAAGCUUUUAUAUUACCAUCUAUCGUGUUCACUUUAACUUCAGGGUACUCAAAAAGAAUAGCAAUAAAUUCUUCGUAUUGUUAGACAUAGUAUUUUGUCACUGCAUUUUACAUUCCCCACCCCCUUUCAUUUGUUUGUCACUUUGUGGUAGUUAGCCAUGUUGUAUAUUAUACAAGUUGCAAAUAAGGAAGGUCUGUUACAAGUAUCGGCAUCCAGAUAAGUUCCACCAUGGGUUGAGCACUUAAGAGCGGAUGUCAGUAAAUAUCGACCAGAGGUCUACAAAAGUGAAAAAUCGAAAAUUCUCAAAAAAAUUCACAAAGUAGCACUAGGUAAGCUAUUAACAUAAAUGUAAUUUUUACUUCGAUCCGAUAAUUAUUUUCCACGUACGGGGGGGUUAUUGGUUUUGCGGCUCUCGGACCGGGUUUUCCAGGCCAGAGACCAUGUGUCGCAAAAAAAUCGUUUUAAAAUUCAAAUCCAUUGUAAUGCGGACAACAAAUAACUUAUUCAGAAGAGUACUUAAUUGCACACAUUCUAAGUGGUGAUUUACUCAGUUUGAACGAAAGUGUAAUAUUUUGGAGAUUUUUCAUUAUUUUCAAUAUUUUGAACGUUUUCGUUCAAUGAAAAAAUGGCAAAUUUCAAAGCCCUAAAGCGUCGACUGGUACCUCGAUUUCAGUAACGAGUCUUAUACCACGUUAAAGAGCGUUAUCUCUUCUUUCAAAAUCUGUUUUCAAAACUACGGGCAACUUAAAAGAAAAUGUUUGAGGCCAAAAAAUACAAGUAGUACUUUUCUGAAAUUUGAGCUUUCGAGACUCAGCGGGUCGAUGCUAAAAACUCAGAAAAAUGCAAUAAGAAAUCAGUUUGAGCAACAGUGAUUUAAGGUUAUCAGCUAUCAGAAACCAACACGUGUUUAUCGAGCGAUCUGAUAAAAUUUAAAGCCGUUUUCCAACAAGAAAAGCAGAGUUUAGCCAUCUUCUGCUACCAAACGCACGAGUGACGUAAGGUUGUCAAAGGGCAAAGCACAGUAAUAAACUUCAAAAGGCACAACGUUUCUGCGUCCAGGAAUUAGACUUCAGCGGACAGAACAAUGCCUACGAGUGUAUGUUUCAUACCUUAGCAUUGGUUUCCUAGAUACUGGAAAUAAAAAAACAUCAAGGACAGCAUCGGCAAGAGCAUCUUCGGCUGCUCUCAAACGACGGAGAUUGCGUUACUUUUCACAGAUUGACCGCUUACCACCUGUUUUUGGGCUCGCAUUUCGAAGGAACGCUUGCCUCGAGAGGCGCGCGGCACGGAUCUGAACUCUUCUUCACGAGACAUUGAGCUGAAUUUAUCGGAAAUACGCCACCAACACCAACAACAUGAGCUUUUUUCGGGUAUUUGUCGUUUUUUAUGCGAAAAGUUCGGGUAAGCAGAUUCUCGCAAAAACCAUUUGGCUUAAAAAAUGUGUUUAAAAGCCCACCCUGGAUUUGAACCAAAAAGUAUUUCCUCGAAAUAAGCUAAAAAUACCCAAUUCACGCGGUGAAAAAAUGGAUGAUUAUGGAAGGAUUAUUGAAUGCUUGCCUAACCUGAGGGAUUUCCCGUGAUGUAGGAUUAGGGCUAGGAAAAAAGCCCAUAACCUGCUCCUGUCGUUGUGAAUUUCCUCAAAAUCAAAAAUUUCAGUAAGAACCGAAAACAACAGCUUAAAGGAGGUGCACACACCUUGAACUAGCCAGGGAAAAGGGGCUUCUGAUUGAGCUAAACUGCCAUUGAUGCACUUUGCAAUUAGGUAGACCUGUUACUAUCCCCCGCGCAACCACAUGGGGAGUACUUUGAAGCGGUCCUGUCGGGGACUUUCGGGGGUAGGGGGCGGGGCAAAUCGAAAAUAACUUCUCUUUGUUUUUGUGAAGUACAUCAUUUCUCGCACGGUUGACAAGGUGACGGCGGACUCCGUACCUUUGGAAAGGCCCUUUUGAAACACGUCCAGGCAACAUGCAGGGCAUCACGAAAUUGACGUCAACACCUUGAAUCAACUCCAUGAACAGGGAGAGGCGAUAAGUCCCAUCUUAAAAGAUGUAGAAAAAGUUGGGCGUACCUCCGGAAUAAUCCUGACUACGCACCUGCUAAAGCCUGAAACUGAACAACAGGAGUCUUGACGAAACGUCCUCAGUUAUCACCUGUCCGGGGUCGUACUUUCAAGGAAACGCUGAUCAAGAAUCACUCAUGACGGAAUGAAAACUCCUCCUAGCUUCCAGCGAAAAAAGGAGCGACAACAGUGGUAAGCGGUAGUUCUGUGAAAUGUAACGCAAUCUUUGCCGUUUACGAUCUUUCGGCGCUUGGAUUUGAAACGUUUUUGUUUGGUAUUAUAUGUUCUCCCGUGUGGAUACUUGGCAUUUCCAAUAUAUGGAAAAACCAUGCUAAGGUACGAACAACAGACAUUCACAACAUUGUUUUGUACGCUAAAAUCUGAUUCCAUGGACGUAAAACGUUUUGAAUUUUAAGACUUUUUAAUAUUAGUGCUUUGCCCUCCCUUUGACAACUUCACGUGACCGUAGUUACUAAAACAAGGAAUGACCUACAAUGAUCUACAAUGACCUACAAUGAUCUACAAUGAGCUACUAUGAGCUGCUAGGAGCUAAAAUAAGUAUAAAAUGAGUUAAAAUAAGCCCUACAAUGAGCUACAAAAUGACAGACAAUGAUGUUUGUCGUGUGUCACGCUUGGACGUGACACUAAGCUCAUGGUAUUAAAUUGCCAAGCACAUUUUGAAAAGGCAAAACAAAAAUAAAGCCUGAUCUCAGGUAACUUGAGAAACUUGAACAUAAAUUAUUGCAAUCGCGUUUUUACCGGUAACACUAUUAUACCCCGUAUUGAUGGAAGUCAUCCUGCGCCUGCGUGAAUCCAGUGUAUUGUCACAGUACUGUUUAAUUUGUUUGAAAAAAAGACAACACAAAACACAACUAACGGGAAAGGUUGCUAGGGAUGGUUUGGACAAAAGUCACAGUACUGUGACAAUACAGGAUUCACGCAGGCGCAGGAUGACUUCCAUCAAUACAGGGUAUAAUAGUGUUACCGGUAAAAACGCGAUUGCAAUAAUUUAUUUUCAAGUUUCUCAAGUUACCUGAGAUCAGGCUUUAUUUUUGUUUUGCCUUUUCAAAAUGUGCUUGGCAAUUUAAUACCAUGAGCAUAGUGUCACGUCCAAGCGUGACACACGACAAGCGUCAAACAACAACAUCAUUGUCUGUCAUUUUGUAGCUCAUUGUAGGGCUUAUUUUAACUCAUUUUAGCUCCUAGCAGCUCAUAGUAGCUCAUUGUAGAUCAUUGUAGGUCAUUGUAGAUCAUUGUAGGUCAUUCCUUGUUUUAGUAACUUCGUCACGUGACUGGUGCACUUGGCAGGAGUUGACAGCUUAAAUCUGCCUAGCAAACGGCAUUAAUUUAUAUCAGAUCGCUGUAUAAACACGUCUUGGUUUCUGAAAGGUGAUAACAUGAAACCACUAUUGCUCAAACUGAUUUCUUACUGUAUUUUUCCAAGUUUUUAACAUCCGGCCCGCUGCGUCUGGAAAGCUCAAAUUUCAGAAAAGUACCACUUGUAUUUUUUGGCCUCAAAAAUUUUCUUUUAAGUUGCCCGUAGUUUUGAAAACAGAUUUUGAAAGAAGAGAUAAUGCUCUUUAACAUGGUAUAAGACUCGUUACUGAAAUCGAGGUACCAGUCGACGCUUUAGGGCUUUGAAAUUUGCCAUUUUUUUAUUGAACGAAAACGUUCAAAAUAUUGAAAAUAAUGAAAAAUCUCCAAAAUAUUACACUUUCGUUCAAACUGAGUAAAUCACCACUUAGAAUGUGUGCAAUUAAGUACUCUUCUGAAUAACUUAUUUGUUGUCCACAUUACAAUGGAUUUGAAUUUUAAACGAUUUUUUUGUGACACAUGGUCUCGGGCCUGGAAAACCCGGUCCGAGAGCCGCGAAACCAAUAACCCCCCCCGUACUUGGAAAAUAAUUAUCGGAUCGAAGUAAAAAUUACAUUUAUGUUAAUAGCUUACCUAGUGCUACUUUGUGAAUUUUUUUGAGAAUUUUCGAUUUUUCACUUUUGUAGACCUCUGGUCGAUAUUUACUGACAUCCGCUCUUAAAUAGGUGUUGCAUAUAGACAUGAUGGGAGUCUCUUUGUGCAAAUUAAUCAUCAGUAACAGCAGUACUAUUUUCUUUUUGUAGUGGUGCCAAGUCCACCCCAGAAUGUUAAAGUUAUUGCUAAGACCUCACGAGUUGUGAACGUCUCCUGGACACCUGGCUUCAAUGGCCACAGUGAUAUUCUUAACUACACUGUAGAGAUCAGUACAGAUAAUCAGACAUUUGCACAAGCUACAUGUCCAGGGCUAUCAAGUAGUGGUUGUGUGGUAUCAAGCUCCUCCACAAAUGCUUCUCUUGUAGAGCUACAUCCAGGAACGGCAUAUUACAUUAGGGUGUUUGCUACUAACAAAGUUGGUUCCAGUGCUGCUAGCUCAGUAAUCACCACAACCACAGAUGAAGAAGGUAUACCUUGUUACAUAAAAUUGUUGCUACUUCUCUAGCCUGAAGAAAAAAAAAAAGAAAAAACACCCAGCAUUCUGGUUUCCCCCCAAAAUGACUGCAGAAAUUCUAUACUGAUGACAGGUCUUGACUACCCAGAUCCGGGUAAUACUUCUGAUUGGCUGUGUCCUGAGGAAAUUUGCUUCAGCCAAUCACUGAAGCACUACCCAGAUCUGGAUAGUGGCACGUCAUUAGUAUGGAGUUUCUGUGCUUGUUCCUCAGACAGCUAGCAUUCUACUGCGAAAACAGUAAUAGGUGUCGCAAAAUGUUGACUUUUUUCCAGGUUACUAUUUAUGAGGUUUCUCUAACUAAUUUAAGUUUUAAUUCUUAUUUUACAACGUACAUGUAAAUUUGUUGCCUUUUUGUCUUAAAUAUAAAGUACAUUUUACUUUAGGGAACACACAUAGAGGGGUGAGGACAAAACAUAGACCAGGGGUCCAUGGACCCCCACUUUGGACCAGGUCCAUGGACGACUUUCAUGGACCGGGUCCAUGGACCCCCUGUCAUGGACCAGGUCCACGGACAGUUUUUUUUAAUAAUGAGAAAUGAAGAAAAACAGAAAUAGUGCAAAAAUAAGGUUAAAAAACAACAGCAACAACAAAAAAUGCUCGAUUGAUCAGUAAUGUUUAAUUGUGUUUACAUAGUGUAAACAAGGGGGGAGUGGUCGGUACCUCAUGGCAAAAUGUUGCCUGUUCCAAUGAAUUGUUUUCUCUGAUGGAUAGAUUAUGCUUCAGAGGAAAACCUUUUGACUGAGCAAAUGUGAAUUUUUGCUGCUUAUUUCAUACUGAGAGGUCAUGACACACAUAUUGAUUUUCUACCUCUUUUAAAAUGUAAAGCUGUUCACUGCAGCUGAUUAAAAGGUUCCUUAGCUCUUUUAGCAGGACGAUUAUAAUUUCUCACGGAUAGUGAUUUACAGAUCCAGAUCUCAAAGAAGAAGAAGUGGCAUGGAUUGUAGCUUAAACUGAAGCUACAUCAACUAUGGAGAAUUGCGAUGUGACACAGCCAUGAUUGCUCUAAAAGUAAUGAAUUUUUAACUCCAGCUUGUUUUUCUAAGGGUGAUGCAAGUCUUUGUACUGGAGUGCGUAAUUCCUCUCUUGGUGAUAACUUUUGAAUUAGCUUAAUUUAACAGUCUUGCGACUGCACAUGUGCAAGCAGAGUGUACGUCAUGUAAGCGCAACUAAAUAUUUGUGAUCAAUUGUGAGCAUUGGUUGACAGUGUCUCGUCAAAUCUUUUUUCGGCGCUAUUUCUGUUUUCCAUGGACCUGGUGCAAAACCUUCUUAUAAGAAUAAAAAAAAACUGUCCAUGGACCUGGUCCUUGACAGGGGGUCCAUGGACCCGGUCCAUGAAAGUGGUCCAUGGAUCUGGUCCAAAGAGGGGUCCAUGGACCCCUGGUCCGUGUUUUGUCCUCACCCCACAUAGAGUGCCUCCCAUUGAACAAAAAUUCCGGUUUGAAAUUUUGGAAAUUCCACAUUCCCAAUGGAACGGUACACUUAGGUUGCACUGACCCGAGCCACUGUGCAUUUGGUUAUUGUUCUUGUUAGCAGGAUACAAAAGAAUGGUACUGGGAACAACAAUUUUUUCAAAUGGAAAGGGACAAGUUGUUCCUAACAACCGAAAUGACUGCGGACCGGUCAAAGAAGACCAUCUUCAAAGGUGGUCCUGAAUAUUCCAGUUAGACUGCACCAAAAUGGUCUGUUCUAUUUGAUUUCUAACCCAAGUUUCUUGAAUUUUGGGCACCUAGAUGGAAAUUGAGCACCCGUAGAUUAUGUUAUGGUCACCACAUACCUGAGAAUGUUAUACUAGAGACAAAGCCUGUUCAGCUAAUGUUUCAUUGUGAUACAGUGCACAAUGUACAGUCUCUGGAAGUUGAUCAAUCUGUCCUGUAAUUGUGUUCAACUUUCAAGGGAAUUGUGCCAAACAGGAGCUAAUUUUAGUUGGACAUUGUCUGAUGGAUGUCCAGCUGCUAUUUGCAGCUUUAACUUACACUACAGGUAAAGCUCUUGUAAUAUAGAUAUUCUUCACAAUUCCCUGUUUUAACUCUCUAUUUGAAAAACAAUUCCGGCAGCCAGGUCCAGUUAAUUUUAUCAUUGACAGUUUUUCUGAUUCAUAACAGGGGCUUUAAUAGUGUUUUCUAUUUCAGCGAAUUUGCCAUGAUUUUUUUGUGAAGUUGUUGUGUUGAUGUGUUUGUUGUUGUAGUACCAAAUGCUCCCCCAGAUAAUGUCACUGGAAACAAUCUAACCUCUACCAGCAUUUUUGUACAGUGGGAUGAAGUUCCAGCAAACAAUCAAAAUGGCAUUAUAGUGAACUAUACAGUCACCUACACGGAGUUGCCUAAUGGUAGUCUAACAAAUGAGCUGGUAGUGAUUGCUCCAAAAAGAGAUGCUACUUUGACAGGAUUAAAAGAAUUUACCAAUUACAGUAUCACAGUGUUUGCAUCCACUGCUAAAGGAGGUGGCAGCAGAAGUGAUCCCUUUGUUGUCAUUACAGACGAAGAUAGUAAGUGCAACAGUGGUCUUCAUUAAUGUGUACUGUAGCCAUUUUAGUUCUUUUUUUUACAUUAUGUAUCGGUAUUUAAAGUUCUUUUUUUAUUACGAGGUGGGAAACACUUUAUCUUGAGGUGGAUAACUCUAGUCCACUUGAAUUGUACAUCGCAGGGUUCUCCUUAAGUGUCAGCAAUUUGCUAAAAAACUGACCACUUCUAGUUUUGAGCCUCCUACUCUAUGGGAACAGUGAGAGAGCAAGAGCCUCAAAAUGCCUUCAGCAAUCGACUGCCAAGCCGCAAACUUUAACAUCCUACAUGUAGCUGUCUAGUUCAAAAGUUAAUGAGAACCCUGACAAUUACUAGGCAAAACUGUCUGUCCCAUUGUUCUCUCUCUCCAUGAUAAUCCUAUGUCUGUUUCAGUUAUAUUUUUAAUGACACAAAUAGAGAAUAUUACACGGUGGCGAGAAGAUAUGAAUUUUAUGUUCGAGUGGCAAGAACAAUAUCUCACCAGUGAGCGCAGUGAACGAGUGAGAUAUUGCUCUUGCCACGAGAACAUAAAAUUCAUAUCUUUGAGCUAACGUGUAAUAUUCUUUCUAUUACAUAAACAUACUGAUGACGGCGUUUUUGAUGAUUUUCCGAAGAUUUCCGACCACCUUCCGAAGAUUUCCAAAGAUUUUUCAAAUUGUCCCGAAGACCAGACGAACUUUCCUGAAUAUUUUCCGAGAAUUUCCGAAAAUUUCCGAUGUCCGAAGAUUUCUGAAGGUUGCCGAGCACUUUCGAGGAAGACCCGAAGAUGUUUCGAUGAUACACCAACGAAUUUAAGUACAAUUUAAGAGACAAACCUGAUGUCAGUGAAAUUAUCGAUAUCUUCGCAUGUGAGAAUAUCAUAUCUUCACAUGUGAGGAUAUCGUAUCGUUUUUAUCAAUUUGUUACCACUCGGUAUACCACUGACUUUUAUGUAAUAAAAAUAUUUUCACAAUAUCAAUCUUUCUAUACUUCGCUACAGUCGAACAUUCCAUAAUUAACCCCCCAAAAUGCAAAGACUUACUGGUCGCUUACGGGAGGUGGUCGCUUACAAGAACCAAACCACAGGUCUUUGACUGGGAAAGUUUUGGUGUUUUGGAGAGGUGGUCGCUUAUGGGAUGUGGUCGGACAUGGAGGUUCAACUGUACAUGUAGUUAAUAUUUUCAAUACUGCCCUCUAUCAGUGCACUAUGUAUUAGCCAAAUAAACUAAUUAGAAGAAAGAUGUCCUCUAUAAUACUAUACUUGCAAAGUACUUAGACAAUUACUUGGUACACAAGAAACCUCAUCUUUCAAUCCCCACUUAUUCAUUGCUAAGGCUUUAAUAUUAAUUCUGUGAUGCCAGGUUAGUAUUGCUCAUUCUAUAAUAAGCUGACAAUUGCCAACUUUAGACCUCUCCCUAGAUGUUCAAAAGGUAAUAAUUGUUAACACUAUUCAUGGGAUAAAUCUCUAUCCACUGAAUGGUGCAAUUUGUUUCCCUAGUACUUAUCCACUGAAUAGUGAUCUGUUUGGAGUAUAGCGCUAUUCAGCUUUCGAACAACCAAGGCCUAAACGCUUCUUCGACUCAGUUUUUUUCCCACAGGGUUGAAAUGUCCUGGCUUAGUUAAAUAUGUUACAUAACAAUCAGUAAUAAUCAGGGAAAGGCUCUCUCUCCUUUGGCAACUUGCGACGAUAUUAUAAGACUUUAACAAAACGCACGUCUUUGUUGCCUGGUUGGGUCGCUUCGCAACCUUAUUAAAGCUCUGUUUGCUUGAUUUAGUGUCACUAACAAAUUUUUACCCUGUGGUACUGGGCCCAGUUGUUCAAAAGGUAAAUAGCGCUAUCCAUCGGAUAAAUCACUCUCCAGCGUAUGUCAUUAGGAAAACCGAUUGCACUAUCCACUGGAUAGAGAUUUAUAUCCACUGGAUAGCGUUAUCUAACUUUUGAUCAAUAAAAAAGAAGUCGACUUGGUGCAAGUCUAUGCCCUCUUUUCAAUGCGAAAUCUGGAUGGAUGCCAGGUUUUUGUCCCAAGAUCUUUUAAUCAAAGACGGUUCAGCGGUUGUCUCAGUGAUGCAAAUAAUUAUUUUAUUAUUUUUUAAAAACCUUUUCAGGGCCAAGCGCUCCUCCAGUCAACGUCUCGGCACGCAGCCUGAGUUCUACCAGCAUUUUGGUACAAUGGGGCGAAGUGCCGGAUACUGAUAAAAACGGAAUUAUACUGAGUUACACUGUUAAUUACAAAGCAACUCCUGAGGGUAUUCCACAACAAAACCAGGUUGUGAAUGCUUCAACGAGGGAAGUAACGCUGACAGGACUCAAAAAGAAUACAGAAUAUAAAAUUGAGGUUUUCGCUAAUACUUCAAAAGGAGGUGGAAAGAAGAGCGAACCUCCAACCACGGUGCAAACGGAUGAAGACAGUAAGUAUACCAUUGCAGAGGUUACUGUCAGGUUACUGCUGCAGCUUCACAGACGCUCUUUGCAGGUUUGCAAUAUUGCCCAAAUUUAUACUGUUAUGGAGCGAAGAAGAGUUCAUCUAUUGAUGGCGUUGAAUAAUGCAGUCUUUCAACUGAUUCACGGUCGUUUCGUCAACUUCGACCUACGUGUUAGGUCGGUUCUCUUAUUUCUUUCGUCUGAUCUGUGGCUAAAAGAACGAGGCAUAUGCUUGUGAAACUUUCGUUUCGUUUCUUAGCGAAACGACCGGUCACUUUUCAGUUGCAGUAUGAUAUCCGAUUUACCGCAAGAAACCUAUAAAACAAGACCAUGCUUAAAUAGAUGGCAAUAUGACACAAGACUGGUUAACUGUUGCUAGCCCACAGAUUCAGGUAAAAACGUGGAGCGCUUUAGUCAACAUACAGUACCGCUCAAAAGUAAGUUACCAGUUGCGUGUUUAGGCCAUCGCGCGAUUCGCGUCUUGCGAGAGGAUGGUAACUUACUUUUGAGUAGUAGUUCUUAUUUCUUUAGCCCAAAGUUUUUCUUUGAUGAUUCUGAGUGAUCAGAAUGUCUCCUACCCCUGGGAAACAGCUAGGGUAACAGGAAGAGCGAUAAUGCCAUAUCGUAUUUCAGUAGGACUAGAAGUUCUCAUUGAGGGAAGUGCUGCCGUUAGUUGCGAUGCGAAUAAUAGGACAAAGAGAGUAUGUAGAACAGUUGAACAUAUGAAUUUUUGAUAUGAACGCUUAUAACUUAGACUUGUUGGAAUUAUGAAACACUCACAGCGAAAUAUAAAAAAUGAACCGAUCACAGUGACAAGUAUGCUUACGUUCAGAUAACACGCUAAAGUCUCAAUAUGAUUUUGUACUUCAUUUAAUAAUUUUAAUAAGUCACUAAAUUCUAAAACAACAGCAGUGCUGAUAGGCUGUUUCCUCAUCGGACAAUCAUCGUACACAUGACGAGAAGAGUUUCGAACAAAUCACGUAAAGGCCAAAACUUGUUUAUUCUCAGGUCAGGUAGAUGUACAGCACAUGCCGUUCAGUUAUGCAACUUACAAUCCUGAUUCCCGAGAUAACAAUCUGUGUGACAAAAGAAUACGCCCUAUAACUAGUAAUAGUUGAAACUAAGGCUGCCCCCGCUCUGCAUAUAGUAUUCUUGCUCCUUGGGUAGCUCUUUGAAAUAUACCGAUUCAUAAUGAAGAUGUUCACACAUAUUCCAUACAAUAGGUGAGAUAAAUACAGGAAAUAAACGCAAGGUUCCAUGCACAGUUUCGGUUCGAUUUACACAGCUUUGAUCAAAACAUAAUCAUUCUCAGUUUCAAGAAUAGUUUAUUCUAAACCAUAAGAAAAGAUUUAAUUAGAAGUUUAAUUUUUCGCUAUUUCUAUUUCACUUUUUACAUUUAGUUCAUUUCAUUUGCCGGAAAGUAAGCCUUAGAAAUUAAAAGGACGUUUGAUCAAUUCACGCUCGCGCAUUCUAGUCUUAUUUUAAACUUUAUGGCGGAAGGACAUCUGUGAGCAGGGAAUAAGUCAGCACAGAAUUUGAUGGUCGGCGAAUUUCUGUAAUUGUCUAUUGUUCUGCUAGUGAUAAGCUAGCCGUUGAUCAAUCACUCGUCUUGCUUGUUUUGGGCCGAGUCUUAAUCCGGUCAAAGAGAGAGAAAGAGUGUCUGGCAAGGUUCAGCUGAAGGUUUCCAAUCAAAGAUUUGUGAACUCGUGUCUGGUAAACUCACUUAGUGUUAAAAUAUACACAGUCUGCGCACCUUAUAACUUCAUCUGCGCUUAACGAGUGUCUUUUGGUCCAUAACUUUCAUAACAACUGCUCCACAGAAUGUCACUGAUAACACGUAACGCAAAAGAGUAUCGAAGUGUGACUGCACAAUUAAUGUCACAAAAUCUACCUAGUGAAAGCUGUUCCUUCGGGAUUUUUUGUGUUUGACGUCAUCCUAACCAUUUCGUACUAGCGGGCGCAAACAAUAGAAACGUCAUCAUUACCUACCGAUUCCUCGUGGCCCCUGUUCAAGCAAAUCGAGAUUUUUUUUUUGACUGUAUGACUGUAUAUUUCAACUGUAAGUAAUUUCCUUAAUAUGCGCGCGAGUUACUAGAGUGCCUCCUCGGGAUUUCGCCUUCUGGGCGAAAUCCCUGCGGGGGCAACUAAUCUUGAAACCUAGAAUAAUAAUAAUAAAAAAAACAACGAAAAAAAUGUUCAGUACGAUAGUUCUUGAACUGUUCUUACCGUUUAGGUCGCUUAAAAAGACAGCAAACAUCCGAUGGACUACGAUUUCUGUACAAGAGAAAACCAGGCGCGGCAGCUAAGCACUUGCUUUAACAAACCGCUGACUGCACAGUGCUGAAGUCACAGAUUGAUUGAACCAUGAACCAAAAAUCUCAAAUCGCUCAAGAAUAUGGUCUGCUGCCGGCUGAUGCUCGGCAGCCAAAAAAAAAUUUAAAAAACGGCAAAAUAAGGUAUUCACUGUAUUGUAGAACCAAAAUGAGAUCCAAGGAAUGCACACGAAACAUCUUUAGAAGCAACAAAAUAACUUUCCUAACUCUUUGAACAGCACGAUUAUAAGUAAACUUAUUACCUCUUAAUUUGUUUAUCAGAGCCAGAUGGUGCACCACAAAAUGGGGGUGGACAAAACACCAGUUCAACCAGUAUUUCAGUAAGGUGGGAUGAAGUGCAAGCUGAGUUACAGAAUGGUGCCAUUACUGGUUACAAUAUAACGUACCAGUCACUGACAGAGAAUGACAGUGGAUUUGUAACUGCUGGUCCUAAUGAUCGUCAGGCCAACCUCACAGGACUGAAGGAGUUUGUUGAGUACAAUAUUUCAGUGGUUGCUUUCACAGUGAAAGGAGAUGGACCUCCCUUUGUUUUUAUUGUUAGAACAGACCAAGAUAGUAAGUCUUACAACACUUUAUUAUUAUUAUUAUUAUUGAUAUGGCAAUCAGUGUCAGCGUUUGUUUAUUUGUUUGUUUGUUUUUCGGGUUAGUAUAGCGACGCUCAGGCUGAUGUCAUCAUCCCAUCUAUCGAUGGAGAUGGAUCGCCUUCUAUUAUUAUUAUUAGAACUGACGAAGAUAGUAAGUGACGAAUCUUAGUGUAAAUCAAAUAAUGCAUUAACAUUUGAAUUCAGUAGCACGUAGACAAAGUGGCAAUGGUUUUUUGGGCCUGUACAGCUUUCAUAUUCAAACUUAAUUUACAAUUUUGGAACCGGUGGUAGAUAGUCGGCUACAGUCGGAAAAAAAAAAAAACAGCAACAACAACAGAUAGAAAAGUUUCGUUAAUAUUCAGAUAUUACUCAGGAGCAGAGACUUAUCAGUAAGUUUACAAUGAUUUUGGAUUCUGAUGCCAGCCAAAAGGGAAAAAAUUGAAGGUGGACAUCCUUUGAAAAUGGCCAACGUUGCUGCGUGAUGAUUUUUUUUGUAACCAGUUAGAGUGGUCUGGAACACGGUAACUGAUAUGGCCAUCAAUAAUUCCGUUGUCCCUAAUAAUUCCACUGUCAGUGUGUACGUCAUGGACUUAUAUUUUAUUGGUACAAAGACCAAUACAUAAAACGUAAUUUCAUAGCAACAAAUCGAUUUUUUCUAUUUGGACUAUAACUUAAGCUCAGUCAAGAAAAUGAACAAGCAGAAAAGCAAAAAUAACUAACAGAGCUCGUUGUUGUAGUUUUAUGUUCACCUAGUAUUUGAAACGUAAACGUCGUUCACCGUAGCUGUUUAAACUAGAUCGUAACUUUCGCUUGCAAAUUUGUACUGAACGUAACGUUUAUCCACACGGAGUGACUGAUUAUCUAGCAGAAUUACUUUUGAAAAAUUAUUGGCCUGUACUUUUAUUUUUUCACCGGCAAAAUACAUUUAGCAGUGAGCAGAUUCCCAGUGUCCGUAAAGCGAGGUUUAAUUCAGUUGUAUCAUAUGACAUGUAUUUACCAUUGUAUGUCUUUUCACUCAGUUAAGUGCCUGAAUAGCCUGAGAAAACAGCCGACAUUUCGCGACGCCACCACUAGUUUCCCCGCGAAAUGUCAUCUGAGGAAGGAGCGCAGAAAUUCCACACUGAUGACGCGUCACUACCCAGAUCUGGUUAGUGCUUCUAAUUGGUCGUGCCGCGUAGGAAAUUUAUUUCAACUAAUCAGAAGCACUACCCAGAUCUGGGUAAUGACGCGUCAUCAGUAUAUGAAGCUAGUUUUUCAGGGGCCUAGAAAACAGGGUACUAGACAUUUGUUACAAAACUUUUGUAUAUUCUUUUUUCUGUAAUAAGAUCAAUCGAACGCACUCUUAUUUCGAAGGUCUAUUUAUGAACAAAAUAACAGCCGCGUAAGCCAUACAAGGAUGCGCUUUUGCUGGGGUAGCAAUUGUAAAAUUCGGUACCUAUUAUGUCCCUCUUUCUUGCUUGUUCUUUACUUCAGUACCAAGAUUAACUUUAUACUUGUUUAUCAGAACCGGAUGGAAAACCACAAAACGUCAGUGGACGUAACACCAGUUCAACCAGCAUUUCAGUAUCGUGGGAAGAAGUACAAGCUGAGUUACAGAAUGGUAUUAUUAGUGGUUACAAUAUAACGUACCAGUCACUGACAGAGAAUGACAAUGGAUUUGUAACAGCUGGUCCUAAUUAUCGUCAGGCCAACCUAACAGAACUGAAGGAGUUUGUUGAGUACAAUAUUUCAGUGGUUGCAUUUACAGUGAAAGGAGUUGGGCCUCCCUUUGUUUUUAUUGUUAGAACAGACCAAGAUAGUAAGUCUUGCAACAUUUUUCUAUUAUUAUUGAUACGGCAAUCAGUGUCAACGUUUGUUUAUUUCUUUGUUUGUUUUUUGGGUUAAUUAGUAUAGCGACGCUCAGGCUGACGUCAUGAUCUCAUCUAUCGGUGUUUAUGUGCUAACCAUAACCUUUUUUGGAAUACGAUCAAUGGAACGCACUCUUACAUGUACUUCAAGGCUCUAUUUCUGAAUAAAAUAGCAGAAGCAUCGGCCAUUAAAGGAUGCGCUUUUGCAGGGAUAGCAAUUGUUCAGUAAAUAAAAUAGACAAAAAAAAUGUAAAAUUGGGCAAUAUUAUAAUGUGCCUCUCGCUUGCUUGUUCUUUACUUUAGUACCAAGAUUAACUUUAAACUUGUUUAUCAGAACCGGAUGGAAAACCACAAAACGUUCGUGGACGUAACACCAGUUCAACCAGUAUUUCAGUAUCGUGGGAAGAAGUGCAAGCUGACCUGCAGAAUGGUAUCAUUGCUGGUUACAAUAUAACGUACCAGUCACUCACAGAGAAUGACAAUGGAUUUGUACCAGCUGGUCCUAAUGAUCGUCAGGCGAACCUCACAGGGUUGAAGGAGUUUGUUGAGUACAGUAUUUCAGUGGUUGCAUUUACAGUGAAAGGAGAUGGACCUCCCUUUGUUUUUAUUGUUAGAACAGACCAAGAUAGUAAGUCUUACAACACUUUUUUUUCUAUUCUUAUUACUAUUGCAAUCAGUGUCAGCGUUUGUUUACUUGUUUGUUUGUUUUUUUCGGGUUAGUAUAGCAACGCUCAGGCUGAUGUCAUGAUCUCAUCUAUCGAUGUUUAUGUGCUAACCCUAACCUUUCUUGGAAUACAAUCAAUCGAACACACUCUUACGUGUAUUUCAAGGCUCUAUUUCUGAAUAAAAUAGCAGCAGCAUCGUCCAUUAAAGGAUCCGCUUUUUGAGGGAUAGCAAUUGUUCAGUAAUUAAAAUAGAAAAGGAAAAAAUGUAAAAUUCGGCAAGUAUUAUAAUGUGCCACUUGCUUGUUUGUUCUUUACUUUAGUACCAAGAUUAACUUUGUACUUGUUUAUCAGAACCGGACGGAAAACCACAAAACGUUAGUCGACGUAACACCAGUUCAACCAGCAUUUCAGUAUCGUGGGAUGAAGUGCAAGCUGAUCUACAGAAUGGUGUUAUUACUGGUUACAAUAUAACGUACCAGUCACUGACAGAGAAUGACAAUGGAUUUGUACCAGCUGGUCCUAAUGAUCGUCAGGCCAACCUCACAGGGCUGAAGGAGUUUGUUGAGUACAAUAUUUCAGUGGCUGCAUUUACAGUGAAAGGAGAUGGACCUCCCUUUGUUUUUAUUGUUAGAACAGACCAAGAUAGUAAGUCUUACGACACUUUAUUAUUAUUAUUAUUAUUAUUAUUAUUAUUAUUAUUAUUAUGUCAAUCAGUGUCAGCGUUUGUUUAUUUGUUUGUUUGUUUUUCGGGUUAGUAUAGCGACGCUCAGGCUGAUGUCAUGAUCUCAUCUAUCGAUGUUUAUGUGCUAACCCUAACCUUUCUUGGAAUACGAUCAAUCGAACGCACUAAUAUAUAGAUUUAGCCAGGGCUAAAAGCGAGGCUCCCAUUAAUAUAUUUAUAAUUUAAAUCAAACAAUAAACUUGUAUUCCACAAUUUUGUUAACUUUAGAGCACAUAGCCCAUUCAUGUGACUUUUGAGGGAAAGGCUAAGUGAUUUUAGAAAAAAAUAAUUUGCAAAAAGCCCAAGAGUGAACAAAAUCUUACAUCGAGUUGAUAACCUCAUAUGUACACCCAAAAAACAGCAAUCAUCUUCACUCACAUUUAAGAGCCAUAAUGGCUCUUGAUCACCGUAAGAUUAAUUAGGCCUGGAAAAAAAAUCAGGUUGAAUUUUUUUGCGUUCGACAAGUUUACUUUACAAAAUCUUGCCAACAAAUCUGGUUGCGUGUAAACCAACCUUUUAUACCAUUUAUACAUCACAUCUGAGGUGAAACAGUACUAUGAGGUACUGUUUUUAUCAUACAGACCUCGGACAGAAUGCGGUAUUUCACAAUUUUGCAACACAAAUUGCACUAAGUCAAUAUUUAGGACGAUCGGAGCACGCGUGGGCCGUUUUAGCUAAACCGUUAAAAAAAUUUCCAAAAUCACAUAUACGGCCAGCCGGUUUUCCCACUUUUGCCGCGGCAUUUUGAGUACUCCUGCUAGCGAUGUUCACUGAACGACUGAAAACAAACGGCACAGCGAUUAAAAUUACAAGAGAGACUUCCAACAAUACUACCAACUACCAACAACCACAAUACUACCAACAAUAAAAGAAAUAUAAUUCGGUGAAACAUAUACAGAGACAACAUUUUUCAUUCACGAAGACAAGUAUUAAAGUGUCUCUAAAAAUCCUGAGUCUUCAAGCUUAAAGCUUAAGUUUAUGUUUUAAGCGGCCGGCUUCCCGGUAUUUACUUUUUUCAAAGAUGAACUCGAGGCAAGAAAAUCGCUCAAAGCUUUCUUUUACAGCCAGAAUUAUAACUAAAUGUUCUUUGGAACGUUUUCUUUCUAUUUGCGGUGAGAAAAUGUCUAAAGAGUUUUUAAAGUUGUGUAAGCUUAUAUCAAACCUGAUUCAUGGUCAGAUCAAAUUGUCUCAAAUCUUACAAACGUGCAUAAACUACAUAGCCACAUAAACUACGCUCGACUUCAUUAAAUUAGAGAUAAAAAACAAACAUCAAACAUCAAACACAAUAAUUACUGAGACUUAACAUUCGAGAUGCAGCUCUUGAAAGGUAUCAAGUAAGGCCAGUAUCGCUUCAGACUUUUCAACCUUUACGCAUCAAGCAAGGUGAAAAACGAAAACGAUGCCAUCCGAAAUCGGAUUUACGACUUUGACAAGUGAUGUAUCAAUUUCUCAACCAAAAACCAGCUAGCCAUGAAUAACAGAAGACUCUUGAUAGCAGCUGAAUUUCAUUUUGUGCAUCCACUGGAAAAAGACAGUUAAAAACAUCACAAGUUGACACAAAACUCUGUCAGCUUCAGCUGUCAAAGUAAACAAGAUUCAAGAUGCUGCAUAAAUUUUCCGCAUGAGCUCACCAGUCAAAUUUUGACCAAUCAGAGCGUAAAAAAUGGACGUAGAGCGUGACCAACAAAAAAUACUUGACCUCUAUGGGUCAACACCCGAGCCUGCGAUACGGCCAAGUGAUACUGGUCAGCGGAUACCCUGUUUUGACAGCUGUCAAUUGAUCACAACAUUGAUGUCCAAUGGAUGUGUGCAUGAUCAGUUUUCCUGUGCUCUCAAACUAGCUAGAAAGAAUGAGAUUAAACACUGAUCGCGAUCUAGUAAAACAACUGGUCAGCGGACAGCUUCCAAACAAAUCACGUCACCUUGAUGAGUUGAUACAUGAGCCCUCGAUAUGGCAAUGUGAUUCUGGUCAGUGGCUAUCCUGUUUUGACAGCUGUCAAUUGACCAUAUUGUGAAUGGCCAAUGUAAAAGAUGUGGAUUUUCCAAGACACGCCUGAGACACCCCUCCCUUCCUUUUGAUAGUCUCCCCUACCCUACCCGUACAAUAUGUAGACGCGUACGUACGUACGCUCGGUCAGUCACGUGACAACCAAACGAAAAGAGGUUGACCAUAUUUUAUGAUUAUGGGGCUCUGUCCCACGCGCGCUUCGCGCGCGAGGGAGCCCCUCUAUGACAUGUAUUUCCAGGCUCUAUUUCUGAAUGAAAGAGCAGCUGCACCGUCCAUUAAAGGAUGCGCUUUUGCAGGGGUAGCAAUUGUUCAGUAACAAAAUAGAAAAAAAAAAUGUAAAAUUCGGCAAAUAUUAUAAUGUGCCUCUUGCUUGCUCGUUCUUUACUUUAGUGCCAAGAUUAACUUUAUACUUGUUUAUCAGAACCUGAUGGAAAACCACAAAACGUUCGUGGACGUAACACCAGUUCAACCAGCAUUUCCGUAUCUUGGGACGAAGUGCAAGCUGAGUUACAGAAUGGUAUUAUUACUGGUUACAAUAUAACGUAUCAGUCACUGACAGAGAAUGACAGUGGAUUUGUAACAUCUGGUCCUAAUUAUCGUCAGGCCAACCUAACAGGGUUGAAGGAGUUUGUUGAGUACAAUAUUUCAGUGGUUGCAUUUACAGUGAAAGGAGAUGGACCUCCCUUUGUUUUUAUUGUUAGAACAGACCAAGAUAGUAAGUCUUACAACACUUUUUGUUAUUAUUAUUAGUACUAUUAUUAUUAUUAUUAUUAUCGUUGAUAUGGCAAUCGAUCAGUGUCAGCUUUUUUUUAUUUGUUUGUUAUUUUUGAGUGUAGCUGAAUGUCGUGGGUCGUGGGUCGUGGGUGUGAGUCGUGGGUGUGGGUGUGGGUAAAUGUCGUGGGUAAAAAAAAGUCUUGCAAAAAGAAAUAAAAAUUAAAAAAUUAAAUAGCAAAUAGUUGUAAAAUUCAUGAAAAGAAAAUCUCCGCGUACAUACCAGUCCUUUCCCCCUUCCCCGCGGUCAGCAAAGCAAAUAACCGAAUCCUGUAGUACAAACGGACACUAAAAAGACAUUUAGGUGAAAAAUAAAAGAAACUCUGUGCACUAUACAAAAACUGGAGACUGAUAUUUCGAAUUGUUACGGUAAAGAGUUUGUACACAAAACAAAACAAAAAGUAAUCGAGAAAAUUGUAUUUUCGUACGGCAAUAAAAUUUACAUACAGUCUAGCCUGAAAGGAGCUGUGUCACGGCAGUCCAGUUCAUUUAGUUUAAUUUUGCUAAUUACUCGCCCUCAAUCGCUAUGGAACUUAAAGCAAGCAAAGAAUUCGAAAUGACAAAUCAGAGAUCUGAGACAAACAAAUUUGUCUCCUGAGCAUUAUUUUUGAAGCUGCAAGCAGCAGGGAUCAACUUUGAAAAACUGUUAGGCUGAACAGUUUUCAAAAACCUUGUUUCAGUCCGUUUCAAUCUUCUUCAGUUUUGACCAUCCGUGGCAUCUGUUGUUUCUGUUAUGUUAUUUUAACCUUCCUUUGAAGUUUUAAGCGGUUAUUUUUGUUUCUCUUAAUCUAUCGGGCAUUUUGUAAUUUCCUAAUUUGGGUGAAUUUCAUGACACAGCUCUUUUAACUUGAAAGGUUGGGAAUGCAGGUGUUUCCUUCAUAAGGUAAGAGACCUAAAACUUCUAUCCAAAAAUAUAAAAUACCUAAAAUUGUCCUUUUCCCUUCCCUUUCUCACGGUUAUCGCAUUCCAUAGUGUUAAAAAAUCUCCACUGAUCAUUGGAAUUGUAGAUCAAAUAAAGAUAAAUAGUGAGCAGCUAUUUCCAUUCAGCGAGUCAGAGCUGUCCCAUACUUUCUGCAAAUUGCAGGUAUAAUAUACGUCUAUUUCGUUCAUUUCGCGGCGAUAGCUUAGGUAUGGAUAAAUCUUCAUCGGCAAAAUGUCUCUUAUACAGUGAUGUUGUGAAAGGGGAGCCAAGUCCCACAGGAAGAGGACGAAGACGCCGUGACGAUCAAUCAAGGAAUUGGAGAUAUUCGUUUCACAAACAUUUUACAACUUUUUUCUAUUUAUUUCUUUUUUUCAAUUACUUUACUUUAACACUUUUUUUCUAUACUUUUUUUCACCCACGACAUUUACCCACACCCACACCCACACCCACGACCCACGCUCUCUACCCACGACCCACGACCCACGACAUUUAGCUAUACUCGUUAUUUUUUGGGGGUUAAUUAGUAUAGCGACGCUUAGGCUCAGAUGUCAUGCUCUGAUCUAUCGAUGUUUAUGUGCUAACCCUACCCUUUUUUGGAAUACGAUCAAUCGAAUGCACUCUUACAUAUAUUUCUGGGCUCUAUUUCUGAAUAAAAGAGCAGCCGCAUCGUCUAUUAAAGGAUGCGCUUUUGCAGGGAUAGCAAUUGUUCAGCAACAAAAUAGAAAAAAAAAACAAUGUAAAAUUAGGCAAAUACUAUAAUGUGCCUCUUGCUUGCUUGUUCUUUACUUUAGUACCAAGAUUAACUUUGUACUUGUUUAUCAGAACCUGAUGGAAAACCACAAAACGUUCGUGGACGUAACACCAGUUCAACCAGCAUUUCCGUAUCUUGGGACGAAGUGCAAGCUGAGUUACAGAAUGGUAUUAUUACUGGUUACAAUAUAACGUAUCAGUCACUGACAGAGAAUGACAGUGGAUUUGUAACAGCUGGUCCUAAUGAUCGUCAGGUCAACCUCACAGGGUUGAAGGAGUUUGUUGAGUACAAUAUUUCAGUGGUUGCAUUUACAGUGAAAGGAGAUGGACCUCCCUUUGUUUUUAUUGUUAGAACAGACCAAGAUAGUAAGUCUUACAACCCUUUUUUUUCUAUUUUUAUUACUAUUGCAAUCAGUGUCAGCGUUUGUUUUGUUUGAUUUUUUUUUUCGGGUUAGUAUAGCAACGCUCAGGCUGAUGUCAUGAUCUCAACUUUGGGUGGGGAGAGAAGAAAUGCUCAGCGACAACUGCGACUCAUUCUUUAUUUCAUUAAAGUUAGAUAAGUUGGUUGUGACAUUAGAAAUCAUCCAUUUCAGUCAAUUGUUUCUACGAAAAAAUUGAUGAGUAUUGUGGUUAUAAAAUGCUGGUGAGAGCUUUUAUGUUAGCAUCUGUCGUGUUCACUUUAACUUCAGGGUACUCAAAAAGAAUAGCAAUUUAUUAUUCUUAAUGUUGUUAGACAUAUUUUGUCACUGCAUUUUACAUUCCCCACCCCUUUCAUUUGUUUGUCACUUUGUUGUAGUGAGCCAUGUUGUAUACCAUACAAGUUGCAAAUAAGGAUGUUACAAGUAUUGGCCUCCAGAUAAGUUUCACCAUGGGUUGAGCACUUAAAUAGGUGUUUUAUAUAGACAUGAUAAGGGUCUCUUUGUGCAAAUUAAUUAUCAGUAACAGCAGUACUAUUUUCUUUUUGUAGUGGUGCCAAGUCCACCCCAGAAUGUUGAAGUUAUUGCUAAGACCUCACGAGUUGUGAACAUCUCCUGGACACCUGGCUUCAAUGGCAACAGUAAUAUUCUUAACUACACUGUAGAGAUCAGUACAGAUAAUCAGACAUUUGCACAAGCUACAUGUGUAGGGCUAUCAAGUAGUGGCUGUGUGGUAUCAAGCUCCUUCACAAAUGCUUCUCUUUUAGAGCUACAUCCAGGAACGAAAUAUUACAUUAGGGUGUUUGCUACUAACAGUGUUGGUUCCAGUGCUGCUAGCUCAGUAAUCACCACAACCACAGAUGAAGAAGGUAUACCUUGUUACAUAAAAUUGUUGCUACUUCUCUAGCCUGAAGAAGAAAAAAAAGAAAAAAAAAACACCCAGCAAUCUGAGAAGCCACCACUGGUUUCCCCCAAAAUGACAACAGAAAUUCUAUACUGAUUACAGGUGUCACUACCCAGAUCUGGGUAGUACUUGUGAUUAGCUGUGUCCUGAGGGAAUUUGCUUCAGCCAAUCACUGAAGCACUACCCAGAUCCAUUAGUAUGGAGUUUCUGUGCUUGUUCCUCAGACAGCAUUCUGCAGAGAAAACAGUAUUCUUGAAUUCCCCGCACCCAAAAAACUGACAACCAGAAAUGCGGUGCGGGAUAAGCAGACAAUUCUUAGCCCAUUUAUUGAACUAACCAACUAAUCACAAAACAAAAACAACUGUUUACACUGUUUAGACACCAAAAAAUUAAACAAACUCUAUACGUUCGAUCCGGCCAAAGUAAAUUGAAUAAACAAAACCACUUAUAAUGACUGUCAAUCAUCAGGAAAGCACAACUAAAAUCGUUACGAGGAAAUGGAUUACAGGAUUUCAACCAAAAUAUAAAAAAGAACAAAAUUUAACUGUCCGCUUGUAAAAAUCCACAAUGAAACUUGUUUACUGUACAGCGAAUAUAUACUUGCUAGUUUACAUAUCACACUUUCUUCCCAUAAUCACACGCCGGCACUUAAAACACACUGCCGACAAAUGCACUUGUGCUUGGGAAUUCAAGAAACCAUUUAUCUUUUGUUUCAUUACGCUUCGCUACAUUCAGGCAAAGAUAAAUGAACAAUUCUUGAAUUCCCCGCACCCAAAAAACUGACAACCAGAAAUGCGGUGCGGGAUAAGCAGACAAUUCACAAUCAGUGGCAAAAGCAUAUAAGGAUACAAUAUAAGGCAAUGUUCAUUAAGCAAACAUAUUUACAGUAUAAUAGAUAGCUAAUCGCUUGGAUACCAUAAAGGUACUGUCCAAAAAUUGUUAAGCAUAUCCACCUGCGGCAAGGAUUCUGUGUCAUCAAGCAACGUUAAGCCAUCAGAAUUAAUUGGGCAAAUGUAAAUCUCUCCAUACUGCAACAAACAACACAACUCGCGCAAUGUUUAUCAAGCAAAUCACAUACUGAAAAUUAAAGAGCCAAAUUUCUAGAUACCACAAGGGUAUUUUCCAAAGAUUCAUCGACAUAACCAUCUGCGGCUCGGAUACUGCGCCAACCACCAUGUCUACGCCAUACUCUCCCAGAAACUCCGCUGCGUGCUGCUUGGGAAGCACCACCUGAACGAAGGCUAUGUAAACCAAAUUCGUUCGAGUCUAAACCAAGUUCGGAAAUCAUUUGACGAAACUGUUCCCGUGCCCGAGAAUAUGACAGAGCAGCUUGUUGCAGCUUGCACCCGGCACCCAAUUUCUGGCAGAGACAAAAUAAAGACUGAGAUGGUUGAUGCUCUCCGCGCUCAAGGAAUAACUCUAACAGUUUCACUGGACAAGAGCUGGAAGGUAAACGAGCAACUUUAACCACAGAUCCCUGACGGAAUUGAUCGUUCUUACGCCUGUCUAGGAAAAUAGACAUGUGGGUGGCGCAAAACCUUAAGUCACAGGCACGUAAGUCACGCAGCUCUGACCAACGUAGGAAAGCACAAAAACCAAGCGCAACCAGCGACACCAUUUGUAGGUUCGGUAGAGAAGCACGAGGGUGACCAUAGGAACGAAUCAGCGCCCUGACGUGAUGAGAUUCAAUAGGCUGCUUUUUCCUAGAUGGACCAGCCAGGAGGCGUUUAAAGCCAGCCAAGGUCUGAGAAACGAGCGGAUCGUCGACAGGAUUCAGACAUCCAAGUUUCUUAUGUAGCCAUGCAAUGCCAUAAGCUGCUCCAAGGAUUGACGAGCGAGAUAAGCCUCGGUCUGAAAGACUUGUUAAGUAGAGAGCAACUGCGGUUGGGUUAGACUGUAAAGGAGGAAACGAGUAGCACUUGCACCAGUCAAUCCAUCGAUUGGCUGCCCCUGCAUACGAAGACACGGUUGAAGCGGCACAGUCAUUAAGUAUGACAGUCUUUAACAGUUCUACAAGCCUCUGAAUCUCCGCGUUGCUCCGUUGGUAAGGCGACAAGCCUAAAGUGAAAAUCAACAAUGUCCAAAACAUGGCACUUUAAAGACAGGAACAACAUCCAAUUGCUACAGAACACUAAACGCGCAAGAUACACAUCGUCUGCAACGAGAACUGCCCACAUGGCAAGUUAACACAGCACCAGUACACACUCCAGCACAAGGAGGCUUGGCCCACUCGGCGUCAACUGGUAAGCAAAUCCACACAAAGGAUAGAGGAGUCCACUUGACUCUAAAAAACGAACACACUACUGUGUCGGCAGUGCCCUCUCGGCUUGCUUCAGCUGCACAACUCGUGCGCACUAGUACAGUUCCAAGUCCACUGACUUGCAAAGAGCAAAGGCCCACACCUAGGCCAAAGAGGCUCAGAUAGAACAAAAACAAAUAAUUAGGAUGAACAACUCGUUCAAGGUACUCAUCUAAUACCCGAAAAACGUUCUACAGCAAAACUAAGGAAACACAAUUCUCAAAGCAAAUACCCUACACGAGGGAAUACCAUGCCCGAAAAGAUCCGCGGCUGCGGAACCAGGGAGAAAAGUAGAUUCAUAUAAAGGAAUCUCCCGCCAGUCAAGAACAAAAGGGUGGAAAACCCCGGGGCUUCGAGACACCAACGGCCACCAAUGAGCAGAUUGCCAAAAGGGGAUAAUGAGAGUGCCCUGCUCUCUACCCAGUUUCAUGUGAUUGAUAACCCUGGGAAUAAGGAACACUGGGGGGACCAACCAAUUGUUUUCCCCUCCCCAGCUGACGGUAAAAGCAUCAACAGUUUCGGUCCCAGGACACCACCAUCGAGAACAAAACCUGGGCAACUGGAAAGAAUUAUGACUCGCAAAACGAUCUACAGUGUGGGGUCCCCACAGAAUAUCCAACUGGCGAAAAUGGACAGGGUUGAGCAUCCAAUCAUCGGUGUCGACAACUUUCGACCAAUAAUCAGCCUUGAAAUUAAAAUGGCGAGGUAUCCACUCCACAGAAAAGCGAAUACCGGCUUCAUGGCACAAAUUGUAAAUGGCAACCGCUUCUUUUUGCAAAUGAGGCUUACUACUGCCGACGGACAAAAUACUGCAGACGCUCUGAUUGUCAGAUCUAUGCUUGCACUCCUUACCCGCCAAAAGACCGGAAAACGACUGAAGAACAAAUCUAAUUGCACGAAUCUCGCGGAAAGAAGAGCUGCAUAGGGCCUCGGAACCCAACCAGUUCCCUCUAGCGAUGUGCGUACCAAAUUGAACAAUAAAUCCUGCCCAACCCACAUUGCUGGCAUCCGAAUAAGACAAAAGCUCUAUCUUCGGGGAGGGCCUCCAGAUUGGUUUGCCGCACAAACGAAAGAAAUUAUCUCUCCAAAAAUUAAGUUCCUCUACAGCUUCACGCGUUAAAGCCACCUUGCAGCUAAGGCUAUGAACGCUAUUAAGGACUGCGUACAAGGCUCGGGUGCGAAACGCACAAUUGGACCUAAAGCGAGCUCCAUGGAAAUAAGGGUACCCGUAAUACGAGACACAUCCCUAGCCGUGGGUGAAACAUCGUCAAGAAGCAGUGAAAUCAGAUUAAACAGAUGAUCAAUCUUGCCUGGUGGGACACUAAAUUCUCCUUUGGUAAGGUCCAAAAUAAAGCCUAAGUGCUCCCCUUUUUGGCGCGGUUCAAAAUUGCUCUUCUCCUCAUUCACUAGCAGGCCAAGGCGAUCAAGAUCGCCUCGCACUAGUUGCGCUUCCUGAGAACACGAAUCUUUACUUGAAUCGGUGCCGAUACCGUCGUCCAAAUAGACAGAAAUCCUAAUGCCUUGUGACCGCCAGUGUGAAACAACUGGUCUUAACAAUUUGGUGAAAACGUAAGGAGACGUACUUAAACCAAAAGGAAGCGAACAAAACAAAAAAUAGCGUGGCUUACCAUCGAAAGUAAACGAAAAAGCCAAAUACUUCCAAUGCUCUUGAAAAAUGUCAACAUGAUGGUAGCCAUUACGAAGAUCGAAAGUAAAAAACCAAUCACCUGGCUGAAGAAUUUCCGCCACGACUCGAAGGUCUUCGAAGUUCAAGUUUAUGGUAGCAUAAACUGUUGUUAAUAAACCUGAGAAUGAUGCCCUAUGAAAGCACACUUAGGGCAUACUAGCAACAAUCAUAUCUUGGUUCUUAUGUCACACAACGUGAACAUUUGUAUAAGCUUUUGUACUCAGUAAUGGUAGAUACUAGUUCAAAGUACAAGAAAGAACAAUGAACACUAAGUAGUUGUUUGAUUACAAUGUAUCCUUCUUCUUUGGCAAAGUCCACUGUAAUGUAGCAUGAUAUAUUCCUAGACUCCACAAAGGUUCCAUUCAUAUUAUCACAUGCUUAUCAUGCACGUGUGCUCCUCUUUUUGCCGCACACUGUCCUUUCCCAGUCAGUUCGUUUAGAGCUUCGGUUCAUUCACAACAGCGUGUUUUCGCCCGGUCUACUUCCUCACAAAUCGCUUCGCUUAAAUCGACUUGCAUAACUUAGUGCAUCAUGCCAAGGCAAAGGAGGAACGUCAACCGUCGAAAUGCCGUAUUGGAUGGCGCCAGCGUACCAGCAGAACCAACAGACUACAGCGCCAUGUCCACCGAAGCUCUUCGCCUCAUGCUGGGAGAACGUCACCUCCAGCAAACCGGGAAUCGCCGCGAACUUAUCUCGCGUCUACAACAUAACAAGCAACAAAGACCGCCCGCAUCACAAUCAGCAGGCGCCCAGUCCAACUCCAGUAUCGCCACCGGCGUUCCACACGCGGAAUUGGCUGCCUUAAUCGCCUCCAUAGUGGACGAGCGGAUGAACCGCCAACUAAUCCAAGAUGGCGGUGCCAGCAGUGCUCAACUCACUCGGCCCAGUCCUCCGAGCAACCUUCAGGACAGCCUCAGGUCCAGUCCUCCUCCACCGCCACAAGAUGGCGGCCAAAACACGACACAACAACAACCUUCCUUUCAAAAUCCUCCGACAGGUAAUCUCCUCCCAAGCACCGCCGUUUCUUCUGGUCUCGCCGCUUCUUCUGGUCUUGGUUCCCUCUCUUCUCCAGUCGACUUUUCCGAUCCAGCCCAAGUAGCGUCGCUUCACCCGAACUUCCGACAGCCUUCUCGCCAGCCAUCUCACUAAAGCCACCUCGACGGCCAUCACCAACGGUGAGUACGUGGACUUUGCUACCCUUUUACCAAUGACCUCCCUUCUCACUGACUCCAUCCAUUCCCAUCUUAACCUUAAGGUAGGCGAUCAGGGUCUAACUAUUCCCCUUCCCUCCUCCUCUAAACGCCCCAAAAUCACCUCCAUCGAUCGAUGGCUCGAUGCCUUUGCCAUAUAUUUCGCCGUUAUAGUGUCGGUAUAUCCCUCUCGUGCCGCGGAUUUAAUAGCCUAUCAACAGUUGAUUCGGGAUGCGGCACGAAAGUUCCCUGGGAUGGCUUGGUAUGUCUAUGAUGUGGAAUUUCGAAGGCGUGCCUCCCAUAACCUUUCUGCCAAGUGGGGGGAACGGGACGUCCAGCUGUACCUCGAUACCUUCACAGGCCUCCCCAAAUCAGGAUGCCGAUCUUGCGGCAGCACUGAUCAUCUUUCUGAUACCUGCCCUUUAUCUCCCCGUAGGUCCCGGGAUGCCCUUACCCAAUCCGACCUGUGCUACAACUUUAACAAGGGCCGACCCUGUGCUCGCACCCCAUGCCCUUACCAACACAGGUGUAACCAGCCGGGAUGCUCAGCAGCUCACUCUGGGGAAGAUCACACCAAACUCACCCGCCACAGAGAGGACAGACCUAAAUCGUCUUCAAGCUCUGGCAAUUCCUCCCGAGGACACUCCUAAUUACCUCUCCCAACUGACCCCUCCCACCCCCAUUGACAUCAACAAAUUUGCAUUCUACCUUCAGGGCCAUCCAGAUCACACAACAGUUAAUCAUCUUCUCACAGGGUUUUCUCAGGGCUUUAAGAUCGGCUAUUUAGGUCCAAGGGCCCCCAAGGAAUAUUCUAACCUUCCCUGUGCAAAUAUCAACCCAUCUAUUAUUGACAAAAACAUGCUAAAAGAGGUUACCGUGGGCCACACAGCAGGGCCUUUUCACAUCCCUCCCUUCUCCAACCUGCAGGUAUACCCCAUUGGGGUCAUUCCCAAGAAACACUCUUCGGAAUGGCGUACCAUUUUCCAUCUCUCCUACCCCAAACACCGCCCCACCAGUGUCAAUGCCCACAUUCCUCCCGAAUCCUAUUCUUUGCAAUACAUAAAGGUGGACCACGCAAUUGCCAUUCUUCAGGAUCUCGGUCCAGGCUGCUUCAUGUCCAAACUAGACAUAAAAUCAGCAUUUCGCAAUGUUCCCGUCCACCCCUCUGAUUGGGAACUUCUGGGUAUGAAAUGGGAAGGGCUCUAUUUCUUCGAUAUGGUCCUCCCCUUCGGUCUCAGGUCGGCCCCCUUCCUUUUGAUGAAUUCUCUUCUGCAGUGGAAUGGAUCAUUCAAACUAAACUUAAUAUCCCAAAGGUUAUCCAUAUACUAGAUGAUUUCUUUUUUUGCUACCUCCCUCCCAGAUCAAAAAUGCAUGACUGCUCUAUGCCAAAUUUUGCACCUUUUACAGAUCUAAAUAUCCCCAUAGCUCCUGGGAAAACCUUCCCUGCAUGCACAUGCCUUGAAUUUAUGGGUAUCCAACUAGAUUCCAAGAAAAUGGAAGCCCGUCUCCCGGUGGAUAAACUCACCCGCAUUCAGGAAGCCCUUGGUCAGUGGACUACUAGGAAAUCUGCUACCCUACAGGAGCUACAGUCUCUGAUUGGCACCCUUCAAUUUGCUUGUAAGGUUAUUGCCCCUGGCCGCCCCUUCUUGCAACGCAUUAUCCACCUUACAAAGGGUAUCAAGUUCCCCCAUUGGCAUAUUCGCCUUAAUUCCGGUUUCCGUAAGGACAUUUCUAUGUGGCAGCAUUUUCUCCAAAAUUGGAAUGGGGUGUCUCUCUUUUUAGAUACCCAGGCCACCUCUCCGCCGGAGCUUCAGCUAUACACUGAUGCUUCUGGUUCCCUUGGGUAUGGGGGUUUCUUAGCAGGGGAAUGGUUCCAGGGCCACUGGCUGCCCCACCACACCCUCAGCCAAAAAAGGGGUAUUAGUAUUGAAUGGCAGGAGCUAUUUCCCAUAUACUUGGCCUGUAUUUUAUGGGGGCCCCGCUGGUCCGGCAAAAGAAUCCGCAUGUGGUGUGACAACAAGUCAGUGGUGGCUAGCAUUAACUCUAAACACUCCAAGUCCCCCCGGGUAAUGGACCUUAUUCGAGCAAUCACACUUCAAACGCUCCAAUAUAACUUUGCGUUCACAGCUACUCACAUCCCGGGCUUAGCCAAUUCUAUCGCUGAUUCCCUUUCCCGUUUUCAGAUGGACCGCUUCCGUACCCUGGCUCCCUCAGCCUCUCCCACAGCCUCCACCAUCCCUCCAUCAGCGAUGAACAUCCGAGAGGUUCCGUAUAACGAUACCUUCAUGCUUCCCUUGCCCCUUCCACUCGACGCACCUAUCAAGUUGGCGUUAAGCACUUCCUCACCUUUACACUCAUGCAUGGUUUAGUAGGCCCCUCAAACCCCCUCCUACCAGCCUCAGAGAUAACCCUGAUGUAUUUUGCAUCUCAUUUAGCCAACACAGUCUCCUAUGAAACAGUCAAGCUGUACUUGGUGGCAGUGCAGGACCUUCAUCGGGAGCUUAACUUUCCUCUUAAGCUCAAUGACAUGCAUAGGUUACAAAAGGUCCUGACAGGCAUUAAGCGCCUCACUCCUACCAAGCGGCUUGACCGUUUUCCCAUUACCCUCACAGUUCUCCAUUCCAUUCACUCCUACCUUAAGCCCGAACUUUCCUAUAACCUGGACCAUGUUAUGCUUUGGGCGGCCUUCACCCUUGCCUUUUUUGGGUUUUUACGAUCCAGUGAAUUCACUUGCAAUGGCCCCUUCGAUCCCUCUGUCCACCUCACCUCCAAGGACAUCACACUGGUACCCAACUCCCACUCGCCCAGCCACAUGCUAGUCCACAUCAAACAAUCCAAAACUGACCCCUUCAGACAGGGCCACACAAUCACCAUUGCAAAGUCCUCGUCACCUAUCUGUUCGGUGAUGGCCAUGAAAGACUAUCUCCUUCAAGUCCAGCCACCAUCAAGCCACCCUCUGUUCGCUUUCGUCCAACCCAGACAAUGGCUUACACGGAACAAUCUCACAACAGAGCUUAGGUUAAUUCUUCACCAAUGUGGCCUCCCUGCCAACAAUUUCUACUCCCACAGUUUCCGUAUUGGAGCCGCCACCACAGCAGCCAAAGCUGGCCUUCCACCCUGGCUUAUUAAAGUUCUAGGCCGCUGGAGCUCAGACUGUUAUGAACCAUUACAAGCCGCAGGCUCGAUUUUCGGGGGAUUGCGACGUUCAGCGUCGCAAUCUUCGCAUAUUUCUGAAGGGCGAGGCGCCAAGUCUAUUGUUUUGAACCAAGGGUUAUAUUACAUCAAAAGACCCUGAGCCUAUCUUAAAGCUGUCAACAAUUUUCGUUUUAUUGAGCAAUCUUUCAUCUUCGACACUUAAUCCAGUUUAUCUUAAGUGGACACCCAACCUAGUUGCUAUUCACGUGCACUGUCGAAAGCAUAAUAUCAAAUAGACUUCAAAAAUUCUGCAUUGGGGCUUCACGCUUCGUCUUUAAUUUUAGCCGACCCACUCAAUAAACAAUAAAUAAGAACAAUAUUACCGAAAAAUAAUUAGAACUGAGAACUUGAUGAAUAAACAAUGAAAACAAGAACUCAAUUAUCUCUCAGGGAGAUCACCGCCAAAGCGGAUACCCGCGAGGUUUGUUCGGUUUCAACAUGGACGGAAGAAAUUUUUACAACCCUAGUAUAAAUCUGGCCUAAUUGUCACUUGAUCGAAGAGAGAUAUUUACGCAAAAAAAAACUAUCACAGUUCACAAAUGAUUUAGACAUUAUCUUAAUAUUUUACCUUAAACUGUCGAAAUUAAAGUAUUGCCGCCCGCGGACAAAACUAGCUUUUUCCCGGUUUCCGGUGUACAUCAAACACAGGCAUCACGCUGAAUAUUAUCCAGACUGAGAGCCGUAGAUCAGAAAAAAAAUCACAAUGACUAAAUUUCGCUUUUGAAACCAACACCACUCGUCGUAAGAUUGGGCGCAUCGCGUAAGAGCUAAAGACUUAAGAGGGAGAGAAAAUAAAAAUCUACUGAAUUAUAUACACUAACAAAAACAAAAUAUGAACAAAAACAACAACUCUGUAACGACUAGCUAAAACACGAUCGAUUCAAGCUGUGACUUACUUUAUACUUUAUCACAGCUUCUUAAGAAUGAGCGCGCUGCCUGUAAGCCAUUAGGAAGAGGAGAGAAAAAUCUACCGAAUUAUACAAACUAAAGCAAUGUAAAAAAAGCUGCAUUUACUAGCUAAAACACGAUCGAUUUUAGCUAUGUACUAUUCACUUUAAGAAAAUCUCCCUUCACCUCUUAAACUUGGGCGCGCCGCCUGUAAGCCAAAAGGGAGAGGAGAGAAUAAUCUACUGAUUUACCAAACUAACACAGCGUAUAAAAACUGCAAUUGGCUAGGUAGUAAAACAUGAUCGACUCAAACUACGAAUGUUUCAAUCUAAAAAAAUCUCUCUUCACCUCUUAAACUUGGGCGCGCCGCCUGGAAGCCAAGGGGGAGAGGAAAGAGUAACCAAACUAACACAGCGUAUGAAAACUGCAAUUGGCUAGCUAGUAAAACAUGGUCUAUUCAGGCUACGAGUUUUUUACCGUUGAAAAAAAUCUCUCGUCACCUCUUAAACUUGGGCGCGCCGCCUGUAAGCUAAGAGGGAGAGGAGAGAAAAAAUUACUGAAUUAUCCAAGCUAACAACGCAUGAAAACUGCACUUGGCUAGCUAGCUAAAACAUGACGAUUCAAUCUACGAGUUUUUUACCUUAAAAAAUCUCUCUUCACCUCUUAAACUUGGGCGUGCCGCCUGUAAGCCAAGAGGGAGAGGAGAGAAUAAUCCACUGAAUUAUCCAAACUAACAUAGCGCAUGAAAACUGCAAUUGGCUAGGUAGUAAAACAUGAUCGAUUCAAGCUACGAGUUUUUUACCCUUGAAAAAAAUCUCUCUUCACCUCUUAAAAUUGGGCGUGCCGCCUGUAAGCUAAGAGGGAGAGGAGAGAAUUACCUACUGAAUUAUCCGAACUAACACAGCGUAUAAAAACUGCAAUAGGCUAGCUAGUAAAACAUGAUCGACUCAAGCUGCGAGUGUUUCAAUUUAAAUAUUUCUCUCUUCACCUCUUAAACUUGGGCGUGCCGCCUGGAAGCCAAGAGGGAGAGGAGAGAGUAACCAAACUAACGCAGCGUAAGAAAACUGCAAUUGGCUCGUUAGUAAAACAUGGUCUAUUCAAGCUACGAGCUUUUUGCCCUUGAAAAAAAUCUCUCGUCACCUCUUAAACUUGGGCGCGCCGCCUGUAAGCCAAGAGGGAGAGGAGAGAAUAAUCCACUGAAUUAUCCAAACUAACAUAGCGCAUGAAAACUGCAAUUGGCUAGGUAGUAAAACAUGAUCGAUUCAAGCUACGAGUUUUUUACUCUUGAAAAAAAUCUCUCUUCACCUCUUAAACUUGGGCGCGCCGCCUGUAAGCUAAGAGGGAGAGGAGAGAAUGACCUACUGAAUUAUCCAAACUAACACAGCGUAUAAAAACUGCAAUAGGCUAGCUAAUAAAACAUGAUCGACUAAAGCUACGAGUGUUUCAAUUUAAAUAAAUCUCUCUUCACCUCUUAAACUUGGGCGUGCCACCUGGAAGCCAAGAGGGAGAGGAGAGAGUAACCAAACUAACACAUCGUAAGAAAACUGCAAUUGGCUAGCUAGUAAAACAUGGUCUAUUCAGGCUACGAGCUUAUUGCCCUUGAAAAAAAUCUCUCGUCACCUCUUAAACUUGGGCGUGCCGCCUGUAAGCUAAGAGGGAGAGGAGAGAAAAAUUUACUGAAUUAUCUAAACUAACACAGCGCAUGAAAACUGUAAUUGGCUAGCUAGCUAAAACAUGACGAUUCAAUCUACGAGUUUUUCCCCCUUUAAAAAUCUCUCUUCACCUCUUAAACUUGGGCGUGCCGCCUGUAAGCUAAGAGGGAGAGGAGAGAAAAAUUUACUGAAUUAUCCAAACUAACAUAGCUCAUAAAGACUGCAAUUGGCUAGAUAGUAAAACAUGAUCGAUUCAAGCUACGAGUUUUUUACCCUUGAAAAAAAUAUCUCUUUACCUCUUAAACUUGGGCGCGCCGCCUGUAAGCUAAGAGGGAGAGGAGAGAAUAACCUACUGAAUUAUCCGAACUAACACAGGAUAUGAAAAUUGCAAUUGGCUAGCUAAAACACGAUCGAUUUCAGGAUCCGAGUUCUUUUUACUUAAAAAAUCUCUCUUCACAAAAUGCGUUCCUAUAAUCCAUUCCUCGAAAUUUGAAUCUGUAAAUCACUUUCGGGGAAAAUCUAACAUCGUGCAGAAAAUACUAAACGAGCUGGGCCCAGCGUGACAUAAAUUGAAGGAAACCAUCACAUUCACGGACAAAAGAAUAUCGCCUUUAGCUAUUCAGAUCCAGGAGGCACUUUGGAGAAGACUAAACAACCUAAAACUCUUAUUUAGCCGCAAAGGAAGAGAUUUACGUUUCAAAAGAGGUCGAAGAAAGUGCUCUUGCAUCAGAGGACAAAUCAUGCCGACCAGAGACAAUAACCGCAGAAAAUCAAUAUGCGUGUCAUGACCUCUCAGUAUGAAACAAGCGGCAAAAUUCACAUUUACUCAUUCAAAGAGUAGAACCCAGAAUAUAAUAUACCCACCAGAGAAAACAAUUUUUGGAACAAGCAGCAUUUUGGCACCAGGUAAAAGUCGUGUGUUGCCUACCAGCCCCCUUUUUACACUCUGUUAGAUGGUUCGAGCAUUUUGGCGGGAUCACGGCUCUUUGGCGCGUGUUGUAAAUGCCCUUUGAAUUAUAAUAUUUGUGCCUUAUUGUGUAGUGAUCGAGGAUAUACACAAUACCAAAGGCAAGUAAAUAUUUUCCUCUGUUUUCCUCAGUGUCGUCAAACCGGCUUCACCGAUGUGCUCGAACUCCGCAUGCGAGAGCCAUAACAAGCUGCUCCUCUACCUUUUUAAAUAAUAAAGGUCUCUCUUACCUUAUAUCGGCGAACACAGUUUCUGUCCUUCGGACAUAAUGCGAAAUAACAUCCAGAACUCUUCACGUUGAACUUUUGAAACCAUUUCGGCGACAAUAUGUAACUUACCAGGUAACGUACCGAAUAAUUAUUACUUUGGAGGGUUCGAAUUCGACCUUCAUGAAGCGCUAGAUUUUGCCUUUCGCUUAAGAAACGAAAAAAAUAUUUCUUUUUUUCCAAGACUUGCACCAAGACCCUUUUUUAACACCAGCCAUGAAUUUAAGUAUUUUCAUUAAGUGAUUUUGACGAGAACCAUAGCUGAGUUAAAAUUUCUCGCUCCGAUGGUAUAAAUUCGGCGCGCAGAAGACAAGCUCUGAUAUUUGACGCAAAUUUGUGUCCUGUCCUAAAAUGAGUUUAUUGACAGAUGAACUGACAGAAAGCGAUUAAUGUGAACACCUGAGGUGCUCAAGGAAAUGUGUCAAGACUAACGCCUUGUAGUUACUUGAGUCCAGUUUGUGGGUAUCUCCAUGGAAAUUAAGGAUCCCUGGUGCGUGCACGAAAAUCGACCUUGCGGCUCGUAAUGGCUAUAUAAGGACCCCUAAAUGUACCAUUUUAGAAGUACCUAGACUCUUAGCUAAUACUAGUCCAUAACUAACGUCAGGACAGCCAGUGUUGUCUUUAACUUUCGUCAGAUCACUUGCCAAGUCUCAUAGGAGCGGAAGGUACAGCUCCCUCUUCUUGCAGGAGCUCGACUUUAUUCGCCUUCUACUGUGGGGGGAUUGUGUCCCCUGUCUCCCCAUGCUCCACAAUCCGUGGCAGGGAAGUGCAACCCCUGGCUGCACUUUACCCCACAGUAAGGCUUAGCCCUUGGAGACAGGUCCGGAAAAAAUAUCCACUCCAGGGUGUGGACCCCCGGUCCCACCUGAUCUGUACUCCACCCAGGAGGGCCACCCCUGCUGGUUCCCCUCAGUUCCUGUACUGGGGGAUAUGGGCCUCACUCCCGGAGACUGAUCAGGACUCCUGUCCAGGGUGGCUACCCCCGGUACCACUCGAUCUUGUCUCCCCCCAGGAGGGCUUCUCUCCUGGUCCCCUUAUCCCUAGAUUUAAGCGCUUCCCUGCCACCAGAAUUUUGCCCAUUACCCUUUGUGUGUUUUCUAUGUGGUACUGUCAUAAGCAUUUAUGCGGGAAAAACACUGCCAAUUGGAAGAGUUUAUUAAGUUCAAGUUUAUGUUAGCAUAAACUGUUGUUAAUAAACCUGAGAAUGAUGCCCUAUGAAAGCACACUUAGGGCAUACUAGCAACAAUCAUAUCUUGGUUCUUAUGUCGCACAACGUGAACAUUUGUAUAAGCUUUUGUACUCAGUAAUGGUAGAUACUAGUUCAAAGUACAAGAAAGAACAAUGAACACUAAGUAGUUGUUUGAUUACAAUGUAUCCUUCUUCUUUGGCAAAGUCCACUGUAAUGUAGCAUGAUAUAUUCCUAGACUCCACAAAGGUUCCAUUCAUAUUAUCACAUGCUUAUCAUGCACGUGUGCUCCUCUUUUUGCCGCACACUGUCCUUUCCCAGUCAGUUCGUUUAGAGCUUCGGUUCAUUCACAACAGCGUGUUUUCCCUCCCACCCACCCCUUUGUUCUGACUGGAACCUUUGUUCAGUUCUUCGAUUACUUCUUAUGUGCCCUAUAUAUUUCAAAUCAAAUCAAAAUCUUUAUCUCACUUCGCAUUCCAAAAGAUAGCAUCAACUAAUGCUCAGAUCUCCGAAGGUAUAGCAAAAACAAAUAGAAUAUAAAUGACACUGGUAAUUAGAAUAAAGUAAUACUAUAUAUUAGGUACAAGUUUACGAUAAUGCAGAAACAAGACAAUUAUUUUAUACAGUGUGUCUACAGUACCUAGCGAUAAUUAAAACUAAUUACAAAGUAGCAGCAUUUAUUAUGACUUAUUAAUGCUCUUAAUUUUUUGGAUUUGAAAACGUGUAAUGAUGCAGCAGUUCUAAGUACCUCUAGGAGCAUAUUCCAAUAUGGGCUGGCAGAGUAGCAGAGUAGCAGUAUUUAGCACGACCAGAACAUAUUUUAAGCAGAUCAUUACCUUAUUCCCUCUAUAUAUAUAUGUAUCCGUAAGAUUAAUCAUUUAUAUUAUGGUGUUAUACUCGACUAGGUCUGAUUCCUUCAUUAGGUUCCUGGGAUAUGAAACUGCUGUCUGGCUUCCAAAUAAAAGGGUGGCAGGGAAGUGCAACCCUGGUUGCACUUCACCCCACAGUAAGGCUUAGCCCUUGGAGACAGGUCUGGAAAAUAUCCACUUCAGGGUGUGGACCCAUGGUCUCAACUGAUCUGUACUCCACCCAGGAGGGCCACCCCUCCUGGUUCCCCUCAGUUCCUGUACUGGGGGAUAUGGGCCUCACCCCCGGAGACUGAUCAGGACUCCUGUCCAGGGUGGCUACCCCCGGUACCACUCGAUCUUGUCUCCCCCCAGGAGGGCUUCUCUCCUGGUCCCCUUAUCCCUAGAUUUAAGCGCUUCCCUGCCACCAGAAUUUUGCCCAUUACCCUUUGUGUGUUUUCUAUGUGGUACUGUCAUAAGCAUUUAUGCGGGAAAAACACUGCCAAUUGGAAGAGUUUAUUAACUUAAACUUACGCUUGGCUAGGUGCUUGUUAAGAAAACGAAGGUCGAGAAUCAAUCGAAGUUUGCCAUUCUUUUUAGGAACUACACCUAAGGGACUGCAAACAUGAACUUGGUCACGCUUGACUUCCACCGCGCUACCCGCCAACAACAAUUGCUCGAUAGCUUCACAAACAAAAGCUCUAUUAUCAACAGCGCUUUUAUGAUUACUAAAGAAAUACCUCAAUGGAAUUGAAACAAAUGGUAACUUAUAACCGCUUUCAAUAACACUAAGAACAAAAGAAGAGGCCCCAAUAGAACGCCAAACAUGCAAAAACUUGCGCAAGCGGCCUCGAAUCCAAAAUACUGAGGAAACGCCCGUGUCAAGUUCAGCCUCGCCGCGAUCCGAAAAAUCGUCAAAAUCAGAGUCAGCUAGUCACUUAGCGGAAGAGGAAACUUUACAAUCCUUGACAAAAUGGCCUGCUUUGCCACAACCAAAGCAGCGAUAAACAGAAGCUUUUUUCUCCGGUACAGGAUUAACCAAAAGCUGGCCGACGUCUGGGCGGAAAUCUACGAUUCUGUGUGAUGGGCCAAAGUUAGCACUGGGGCCGCUUUUGGAAGAUGUAGACUGAGACUUAAAACGAGCUCCCAUUUUGCUUCUCAGACUAUUUUUUCGAUUUCGUUUCUCCCGAGACCUCUCUGCUUCCUUGCGCGCGACACGAAGUUUCUUUUCUUCUUCGUCAUUUUUAGUGAGUGGGUCCGCCUCAAAAUAUUCUACCACGUCCCAGCCAUCCCGGUCAGCAAUAGAAAUAAGCUUAUUUCGGUUAUCAAGGAGUGACAUACCUUCGUUGGCAAUCUCAGUGAUGGCGUCAUCCGCCCCAGCCCUCUCUAAAAUCUGGUUAAACUUAUCCUUGACGUCAGUGUUGAACUUGAACUGUUUCUUGUUACUCUUAUAUUUGAACUCGGGCUCCUCCUCCGCAGACUUGCGUUUUAAUGAGUCGAGCUGUUCUUUGACAACCUUGACCUCUUGCGUUUUCGUCUCCAAGGCCUUUAAGAUUUCCUUCGCCCACGUUGGGGGCUCAGGGCUGCGAGAAACCGAGCGACUUCUACGGUGCGAACGCUCGCGGACACUCCUUCGCGAAGGCGAAGCACUACGACCAGAACCGCUCGAAGCUGCAACAUGUGAGCGAGAACUACGACGGCCUGAACUUCGAUGUUCUCUUGACCUGGACGGCCGGACAACAGGGUCUUCAACGUCCGCGUUGACUCUCGAAACAUGAGAACGAACUGAAGCAGGGCGACCACGACGGCCCCGCGCCAUAUGGACGAGAUAGGAAAAACGAGCUAAGAAUUUAACUGUCCGCUUGUAAAAAUCCACAAUGAAACUUGUUUACUGUACAGCGAAUAUAUACUUGCUAGUUUACAUAUCACACUUUCUUCCCAUAAUCACACGCCGGCACUUAAAACACACUGCCGACAAAUGCACUUGUGCUUGGGAAUUCAAGAAACCAUUUAUCUUUUGUUUCAUUACGCUUCGCUACAUUCAGGCAAAGAUAAAUGAACAAAUAGGUGUCACAGAAUGUUGACCUUUUUUUUCAGGUUACUAUUUAUGAGGUUUCUGUAAUUAAUUUACCUUUCCUUAUUUUACAACGUACAAAUGUACAUGUAAAUUUGUUGUCCUUUUGUCGUAAAUAUAAAGUACAUUUAAGGAACACACAUAGAGUGCUUCCCAUAGAACAAAAAUUCUGGUUUGAAAUUAUGGAAAUUCCACAUUCCCGAUCAACCAUACAUUCAGGUUGCACAGACCUGACCCGAGCCACUGUGUAUUUGGUUAUUGUUCUUGUUAGCAGGAUACAAAAGAAUGGUACUGGGAACAACAAUUUUUCUAAUAGAAAGGGACAAGUUGAUCCUGCCAACCAAAAUGACUGGACGGGUCAAAGUACACCAUCUUCAAAGGUGGUCUUAAAUAUUCCAGUUGGACUGCACCAAAAUGGUCUGUUCUAUUUUAUUUCUAACCAAAGUUUCUGGAAUUUUGUGCUCCUAGAUGGAAAGCGCCCAUAGAUUAUGUUAUGGUCACCACCUGAGAAUGUUAUAGUUCUUUAAUUUAAGGAGACAAUUAAGCCUGUUCAUCUAAUGUUUCAUUGUGAUACAGUGUACAAUUUACAUUCUCUGGAAGUUGAUCAAUCUGUCCCAUAAUUGUCUUGAACUUUUAAGGUACAUGUAAUUGUGCCAAACAGGAGCUAAAUUUUAGUUGGACAUUGUCUGAUGGAUGUUCAGCUGCUAUUUACAGCUUUAAUUUAUACUACAGUUAAAGCUCUUGUAAUAGAUACUCUUGACAAAACCCUUUAAAUAAACUUUCUGUUCAAAAAACCCAUUCCAGGAGCCAGGUCUAGUUAUAACUGUAUGGAUACUUUUUCUGCGUCAUGACGGUCCUUUACGGGGGCUUUAAAUACAAUGCAGUCAUUUUCCGCUAUUUCAAAAUAUUUGCUAUAAUUAUUUUUAUAUUGGUGUUUUUGUUGUUGUAGUACCAAAUGCUUCUCCAGCUAAUGUCAGAGGAAACAAAGUAACCUCUACUGAGAUUUUUGUACUGUGGGAUGAAGUUCCAGCAGAAGCUCAAAAUGGCAUUAUAGUGAACUAUACAGUCACCUACGGAGAGUUGCCUGAUGGUAGUCCGAUACCUCAAGUGGUGAUUGCUCCAAAACGAAAUGCUACAUUGACAGGAUUGAAAAAAUUUACCAACUACAGCAUCACAGUGUUUGCAUCUACUACCAAGGGGGGUGGUAACAGGAGUGAACCUAUCAUUGUCAUUACAGAUGAAGACAGUAAGGAUAUAAUUCUGGUUAACAUUCUUCAAUGAUUUUGUAAUGUAGUCAUUUCAUUUUCCUGCAGUCUAUUAUCUAUCGACACUACUUAAAACACAUGCAACGGUUGUGAGGAAAUAUGAAAAACAAAACAAAACAAAACAAAAGAUAUAACUUGCUUUAUUGAACUGUGACUUGGACUCCUUUCACCUUUUACAGUCAACCCAAGUCAAGUGCACCCCCCAAGAUUACAUUAAUGAAUUUAUUAUUCAAAAGUUGAAUCCGUUGGUAGUUGUAGAUUUCAGAUUCAUGUCUGCAUUCUUGCAUGCGUAGUGAGCCGUGAAUUCACACGCGAUUCAGUCACGAAAUUUCUACCAGCUAAGUUUCCCUGAAUUUGACGUAAAUGUCUUCUAUGAAAUUUAACCCAUUUAAAGAUUUUCAAUCUGACCAAAUACAGAGAAGUUCUCGUAAAAUAUUCACUGCUCAGUAUGCAUGCAGGAAUGCCGAUUUGAAUUUAACACUAUUUACCGGAACAACUAAAAGAUUCAUUUUUCAAAAUAAUCAAUUCAUUAAUAGAAUCUUAAGGGGUAUGCUUGACCUGCCUCGACUGUAAAAGUACAAUUUCCAAUUAUGCCUAGUGGGCUUCAGUUAUGAUUUUGCUACUGAUUGAUUUAAUACAAUUUUCCACACUUGUUUACGUUUAGACACUUGUGUGCUUAACUAUUAUAUCUUUUUAAAAUAAAUUGCAGAGAAUAAGCCCCAUUUGUUUUUGUGGUGUCCACAACGAGACAGUUAAGCAUUUUUUUCUUGAAUGUCCACUUUAUUCUGCCCCUAGAACUAAUCUGCUCACCUCUGCUGCUCCCAUAUUUGCUGACAGUUGGCCUUCUAUGUUUUAGGCACAAAUUAUAUCAGUUUCUAUGGUAGGAUCACCGUUACAGUAUCGGGGGCAAAAUAAUGUUUUGAUUUUUUCAUGUCAAGUGAUUUUUAUAUCUGAAUCGAUGAGAUUUUAAAAAAGCACCUAAAUAUGUAUUUUUCACCUGCUAGCACUUGUUUAAUAUCCUCUUUGUUUUGCUGCCGCUUGAUGAGUUUUUUUUUGCUCUUAGGGCAAACUUCGUGUCCGUCAAUAAAAUAUGUUUAAAUAAAUAAGUUAAUUUUAAAAAAAGAACAUUCAAGUCCUUUAUUUUAAGAUCUAAAUGUUGCCAAGUUGCUUGAAAUCAUUACCCUUCAACCUGCUAUAUUUAUGUAAGAGUUUCACAAACUCCUAAAUGUACCUCCAGUGUUUGACACUUACUUCGAUUCUGUUAGGAAGAUACAUAGCUAUAAAACCAGAUUAUCUUGCAAAAUGAAUAUUAUGCUAUUCCAAAAGCCAGAACAAAAGUAGUUGUGGAAUCUUCAACAUAAGAUUUUAGGGUGUCCUAGUCUGGAAUGAUUUAAGUGAUGGCAUCAAGCUUCUUCCUCUGAAAAGUUUUAAGAAAAACCACAAACUAAUUCUUUCUUUAGCCCCUAUGGUAAUUUGAGGCAGCCUGUACUCUUCCCAAUUUUUUGUUAAUUUAUUUUUGUUAAUUAUUAUUGCAUACUGUUGGGUACAAGUAAAGUUGUUGUUGUUUCUACUUACUUUAGGGUUUACUAUGACUGGUCAUUAAAGAGGUCCACUUGGUGCUAGCCUUUGAUAAUAUUUUCCCUGAAAAAUCUACAGGAAUGCCAGAUUCCUGCCCAGAGAUACUUUCAAUCAAGGACGCCGGGUUGUCCCACUGAUACAAUCUCCCUUCAAUCUAUACUAGGGUUGUUCAAAGUCGAUUGAUUACUUUAUUAUUGUGUAAACCUUUUUCAGCACCAACCGCUGCUCCAAUUAACGUGCGGGGACGCAACCUGAGUUCUAGCAGCAUUUUGGUAGAAUGGGGCGACGUACCGGAACCUGAGCGAAAUGGCAUUAUACUCAGUUACACAGUUACUUAUGAAGUACCUCCUCAUGUCCCUAUACGACGCCAGGUAGUUAAUGCUUCAGCUAGGCAAGCAACGCUGAUAGGACUCAACAAGUUUACAGAAUAUAAAAUUGCAGUGUUUGCCAAUACUUCAAAAGGAGGUGGAACUGGAAGCGAACCUAUCCCGGUGAAAACGGACGAAGACAGUAAGUAG